AUGGCAGGGCCACUGGGCAUUCUUCUUGCUAGAGCUCAGAGCAGUAGGUUCAUAUUACCUUCUUAUGCACUCAUCUCAGGCCGCCUGCAUGUUAAGGUCAGCGACAGGCACUCUCUCCUGCCCGCCUCUGAUAGCAGUUAGAUAGUUGAGUUCUAGGAAAGCACCUUCUUUGUCAUGGCCCCGUGUCUCUGGAAAGCCUUUUGUUUUGGGUCUGGCAGGCCUUGUCUGCCAGAUGGAGGAAGGAUCCAUAGUACCAAAAGGGGUUCACCUGAUCUGAUCUGAGUAAAGGUAAAAGGUAAGGUAAAGGACCCCUGGAUUGUCCAAUCAAAGGCGAUUAUGGGCUGCAGCGCUCAUCUCACUUCAGGCUGAGGGAGUCGGUGUUUGUCUGCAGACACUUUCCGGGUCAUGUGGCUAGCAUGCUUAAACCACUUCUGGCGCAACAGAACACUGUGAUGGAAGCCAGAGCGCAUGGAAACGCUGUUUACCUUCCCACCACAGCAGUACCUAUUUAUCUACUUGUACUGGUGUGCUUUCGAACUGCUGGGUUGGCAGGAGCAGGGACAGAGCAACGAGAGCUCACUCGGUUGCGGGGAUUCGAACUGCCGACCUUCUAAUCGGAAAGCCCAAGAGGCUCAGUGGUUUAGACCACAGCGCCACCCGCAUCCCUAUGAUCACACCAACAGUCCAUUUAGUUCAGCAUUCUGCUUCCUGCAGUAGCCAGUCAGGCAUCUUCAAGGAUAUCAUAGGCGGGGCUGUGGAGGCAGGAAGCUCACAACUGAGCAGACUAUCUCAGGACUUGGGAGGUUUCCUAAUAGCCAUGUGGCUUCCCUUGGCAACCUGCAGCAAAAUCCUCAUCCCUUCACGCAUGCUUUAAAAGUAUGGAGCUGCGGUGUUCAAUUAGUUAAAUUUGAUCCAUCAGUUAAGAAGUUGCCACCGAUUAAACAGACAGCAGACUCUCUCUUUUUUUCCAUGCAAUUAAAAAAUGCAAUUAAAAAUUGCAGAUGGCAAGAUGUCUAAAGAGGCCUACCUCCCUUUCUCUCAUGUAGGAGGCAUGAAUGCCUUCGAUGACGGCUACGAUGAAACAUAAAGAAAUAAAGAAAGCCUCUGGCUUCAGAAGCAUUGUUUUAGUGCACGCAAAUUUAUGCACAUUUAAUUGACAGAUUAAUUAAGUAAAACUCUGCCAAAUAAUUGAUUAAGAAAAAAUUCAAUCAGGUUUCCAUCUUGUUUAAUAGAAGUUGUUCUUUUAGAGGAGCAUAUGCUCUGAUGUUUCUUGUGAGCUAGAUAAUGAUUUGGUUGGGUUGCCCUCCCAACGCACAAGGACAACGACACUUACUGGAAAGUAAGGAAAAUAUCUUCAUUCCGGCUGAGAGCAGUACAGGCACAAUGGCAAGCAGAAGGGACAGAAGUCAAGAUUCCAUGGCACAUGAACAAGGCAAAAUGCUUAGAACCAAAUGGAAGCUAUGGAGGUGUGCGGUGGCAGCUUCCUCAUUGAUGGCCCAGCGCCGCCAGGCUGCCCAAUCCACCAGAGGGCGCACACUUGCCCCAUCCUGGCCAUCAGCAACCUGUGCUAUGCCACUGGGGAGAACACAACCCUUAUGACAACUAGUUUUUGAUAGCCUUUUAUUCCAUGAACCUGUCAGAUCCUCUUUUAAAGCCAUCUAAGUUGAUGGCCACCAGUCCCUUUUGUAAGAAUGUUUAACUACAUUCUGUGUGGAAUCUAGAUAUACAGUGGUACCUCAGGUUACAUACGCUUCAGGUGACAUACGCUUCAGGUUACAGACUCUGCUAACCCAGAAAUAGUGCUUCAGGUUAAGAACUUUGCUUCAGGAUGAGAACAGAAAUCAUGCUCCGGUGGCGUGGCGGCAGCAGGAGGCCCCAUUAGCUAAAGUGGUGCUUCAGGUUAAGAACAGUUUCAGGUUAAGAACUGACCUCCGGAACGAAUUAAGUACUUAACCCGAGGUACCACUGUAGUUGCUGCUUUGGAUCAUGACACUCUUUGGUCCUAGUGAUUGCAGGCAGGAAGCAAAGUCAAGCUCACUUGUCGCAAAAUCCAGAAGGCAUGGGGUUAUCUCUCUGUAACAUACACCACUGAAGGGUUUCCUUGCUAAAUAGGUAAACUAAUAUAUGGACGGGCUGGUGCUUUAUCUACAUUUCUGGGCUCAAAGUAACAAACAAAGCCAAUUAAAUGCCCGAUUGGAUAAACUGAUUGCGGUCACGUGUCCUCCAGCCAGCCAGCCAGAAUCCGGGACUCCUAAAUGUCGCCGCCAUUUGUGCUUUGAUCCUUCUAAUGAAAGAUUAAGGGCUUAACACAUUGCCGCUGGCUCUGAUGAUGCAGAGAAAAUUGAUUUUGAAAUGAAUAAUAACCUUCCAGUGCCACUUCCCCAGGUAUGGGACUUGUUCAUUCAGUAGCUCGCGUGCUUCCUGCAAGAUUGCUGAUGGUACCUGUCUGGCUGUUUAAUUAAAUUGGCUCCCUUGGAGUUGAAGAAUGCGGCUUUCAAAGCUGUCAAAAAAGAAGAGCGAGAAUGAUUGUUAGCUGUAUCCUGCAAAGACGAGAGAAAAGGCAGUGGGCAUGAUCCCAAAAGUUCUCCUGCAUGAGUCUUUUAAACAGAAGGGGUGGGUGAUACUCAGACAAGACACAUGGAAAUUAACGGACAUGGGUAAUUAAGGUACAUUGGGUUGAAUUCAACAUGGCAUUCUUCCAUUUGUUCCAUCUGUGCAAACAUCUCUUUACUCUGAAUACCACUGCUGUUCCUGGCUUAUAAGGGCCUCUUUUCUAGGCAUCAUGUUGCCUCUUUGUGUGUGUGUAGUGUGUAGUCAAUCCCAUUUCUUCUGCAUCAACCUUCCCGCCCAAAUCCACCAGGAUGCAAAUCACCCUCAAAGAUUUGCAGGUUCAAAAUACUGCAGAAUAAAUGCAUGUAUGGGCUAAUCAUUGCACAGGGAAUUGGCACGUGUUCAUACUGCCCUGCUGAAUUUAUUGUGAGCAUAACAUUUUUUUUAGUUUCUUCGGUACACAGUCAGUCUUGGCGUAUGGUGAACUUUCAGAGGAUAUGGGGGAAAGGAACUAGACAGAGUUUUCAUCCAGAGGUCCUUCCUAUGGAACAUUCUUCCUGAGCUGCUGGCAGAAAACUUAGAGCAAUCAUUGUGAUUUGCUUGCAUGCAGCCUAUUCGACAUCGCCCGAUGUUGCUGCAAUCCUGCACUUUCAAGUACAUUUCCCCAUCUCUUUCCUUACCAAAAAAAGAGCUCUGCUUCUUUGUUGCACAAGAGUGCCCAAAUCCACUUCAACCGUGCAACCUAAAUUUGAUGCGUAUGAUUGUAUCGUUUGCACCAAACCGUGGCAGCCAAGAGAUUGCCACCAACAGGGGGAAAAUUCCAUUUUUUGAAAAACAUUUUCAAAGCAAGCCUCCAAUUUGCAAUUGUUCAUCACAGGAUUGUAGAAAUUGUAGAUUUGGAAAGGACCCAAAGGGUCAUCCGGCCCAAGCCCUUGCAGUGCAGAAAUCACAGCCUCCUUCUCUUUCUCUUCCAGCUUGCUGCCUUAGAGAGACAAGUGUUUGAUUUCCUGGGAUACCAAUGGGCUCCAAUUCUUGCCAAUUUCCUCCACAUAAUCAUUGUCAUCCUUGGCCUGUUUGGUACAAUCCAGUACAGGCCACGCUACAUCGUGGUGGUAAGUAGCAAAGUUCUGUUUGAGUUUUUGUUUUUUGAAGAUUCCUAAAGAUGAAUUUAAGACUAGCUCUUAAAAACCAAGGGGUGGUAUUUAAUGGAAUAUUGGCGCUAGCACAAGGAUUAGGUCUAGUGCAAUGGGAUUUCCCCACUCUCCUCUCCCUGUGUGUGCCUUAUGCCAUCUCCAAAUAUUUGAAAAUAUAUGGAUCCCUGUGACGCAUGUAUAUGGGGUAAAUAAUAAACGAAUCAGCUGAAUGCCUGGAUUCAAAAAGCAGGGCAAAACAUACACUCCAGCAAGAGAGAGCUACAGCAGCAGAGUUUAAACUCACAAAGUCAAACAACACAGUGAAGCAUUAGGAAUCUAGGCUGCUAAGCCUUUUGUACAUCCUGUUUAGUUGCAUAUAGUACUUUCCCCAUUUUCUAUUCCUCUUGCAAUGAACAAAUCACACUGUUAAGUAAGUUUAAAAUGCUUUACUUACUAAAUGUAAAGGUGUGGUUCAUGCAUUAUUCCAUGUAGCAGCAAGGAAAGCACAGGUAGAUUACCCUUGGGUGCAAAAUACAGCCUAUAGUUUCAAACAUGUGGUCUGAAUUUGGAGCAAGUUUAGGCACACCCAUCCUGGUAGGUUACCUGGUGCUCAGAAAGUGAGGGAAAGGAAAUAGAAGCAGCUUCACUUCCUCCCUUACAGACCUAGCUUCCUAAGUGACUAACUAGCAGCAGCUUAGCUGGGGUGGGGGAGCAGGGUGCACUGGGCACCACUUACCCAGGGGGCAGCACUUACAUUGGGGCCUGCAGCACACCUGAGCCACACGUCUCUCCUGGGAGUGACACAGUGGCUCGGGCACCUGCAGGCACUUCACUGCCCUGCAGCUGAGGGGAAGGUGGCAGGCAAACUCCAUGCAGACUCUACCCAGAGUGACUACACACAGGGUGUAGCUAGCCACGCCAGAUGCCUGAGUGGUUAGCUACGCCGCUGCUAACUAGCACUCAUGCAUCGUUAUGUUCGACUGCAAUCUCCCACAAAAUGUACUCUGGAGGGUUGGGGAAAACCCCAGAACAGAUUUAGGAGAAGGAGACAGGGGGAGUGUUCUGUUGCACAAGGAGAAAUCCUUGCACUGACGGAACCUUGUCCUCAGCGCUACCUUGAAUACAUCCCAGGGUUCAGCUCCCAGGUCCCUAUUUGCCAUUAAACUACUACUUGGUUAAUUGGGUGAUAAAUUCAUUCUAUCAUAUGUCCUGAGGACCGAAGGACAGCAUUCCACAGUGCUGCCAGCAGCGGGGGGCAGGGGGAGAAUGAAGGGAAGAAAGAAACUUAUUUCUCCCCCAUUCCCCACUGUCAAUGCAUGUACAGAGGGAACGAGAACAGUUUUGGUGAGCUGCAAUGGGUGGGUUGGCAAGGUUAGGGUUAGUGGUGAGUUUGGAAAGGGGGAAGCGGGGUGCUGAAGUGUAAAGAUAUGGAGGAUGGUGAGGAGUGGGGUGGGGUUGGAGGGAGAAGUGAGCAGGUAUGUCAUCCUGCAGUGUACACAGACACACACACACACACACACACACACACACACGUACAGUGGGUUUCUGUGUCACACUAACCUUGUUAGUAGUGCACAUAGUUCUCUUCAUGGGCCCAUAACCGGUUUGGAUCUUUCCUAGAUACAGUGUGCAUAUGCGUCACAAGACUUUGGCCGCCGGCUGACAGCGGGGCAGCUCCGAUUAUCAACAAAUCUGCCCUUUCACUUACUGCUUCCAACAGAGUGUGCAUAAUUUAUUUUAAUCAGGCUGCUUCACUUUAUUACACAGCCUUUUGGAUAUAAAUUAAAUUACUGCGCUGUUAAUGGGACGAGCAGCCACUGCCCUAAUUGCCAGUUUGAAGUGCGCUGCUCUGUGCAAAUGUCUUUCAUUAAGGUGACCAAUCGUGCCUCACCAACGCUGGCUUUUGCAUUCUGUGAUGGAAGGCUGGCCCUUUGAUUCCAUUGCUCAGCUCCAAAUAGCUGCGGGGCUAAAUGUUCCUGACUUGGCGGGUCAGAGCCAGGCAGGAAGUUCUCCUUGCCCACCCAAAUGAAAGGCAUCUCCCCCCCCCCCCCGGUUCUCUGAGGUGCUCUGUUUUAUUUUGGUGGUGUUGGAAACCUCCCUUCUGGAAUGGGUCUAUGCUAUUUACUGUCUUCAAAGCCUCAGGUGCUCCUCGUGGUUUCUGGAAAUCUUUAUCAAGGAGGCUUUUCUGCCUGACAGAUGAUUUGUAUAUUUUUAAAACCCUCUCUCCGCCACCCAUCUCCCAACCAAGCCUGGGUUUAUCACUGCCAGUUAUUGAAGAGGGAGAUUCCUCAUUGACCGGCAUCAUUGCUCAAGUGAUAAAGUCCACCGUCAAUGAUCUUGGCAAGCGAGGAUUGCCAGUCAAUCUAUUGCCGCAAGGCUACAAACAAGCACGGAGUUUAUCUCUGGACACAAUAAACACAUCGGUUGCAUCACCUUCUGGUCUAUAGCUGAAGGACAGGCUGCGAUGGAUCACCAUCAGUAUGGGAGGAGGAAGAAGGAGGUCACUAUAGUGACCUGAUUUGGAAUCCAGGGGAUUCCACAUGUACACUAGGGAUGUCGGAAAAUUCUGGUGGAAACAGAAACGGGGGCAGAAAUUGCCAGCAUUUGUUGACUUGUCCCAAGUCCACAAUGGAAAUCAGUCCAGUAAAUAUGAUCAGUAUUCACUGCUGCUGUUACUUUCAGACCUCAAAUGAUAUGUAAUUGAUUAUAUUCCCCCCCCCCAUAUUUGCACUGUGCUUCUUUUGUUUUGAAAUGGAUGGGUUAGAAUAACAUAAUGACAUGGCCACUCUAAUUAAGAGCUCCUCUCACACCCACUGCUGUGAACUGCCCUUUGCAGCAGCACCCGGGGGGGGGUCACUGUUGCUACCCAAUGCUUAGUCUUUGUUCUUAGUUGAAAUCCAUCAGGCCACCAGAAGCACAGAGGGCUCUGACUUUGUUGCUGUUCAGAUCAUGGCGUUGAAUGUUCUGCAUCUGCGACGCCAGCUUUGGAGAGCUUGUGCUCGUUUUGCUUUUUUCCUCUUCUGCAACUUUGACUUCUUUCUCUUUCUCCACCCAGUAUGCCAUCUGGACAGCCAUCUGGGUCACUUGGAACAUCUUCAUCAUCUGCUUUUAUUUGGAGGUUGGCGGACUUUCGAAGGUGAGCAAGGCGGGCGUCCGAACGCAGCCAGAAACUGUCCAAGGGAAGGAAGGGACGGAGAAGUGCCAAGAGGAUUGAGAAGAGGGUGUGGGAUGGAGACACACAAACACACGAACAGAGGGGAGGGGAGCAUUCACAUCAAAGUGUGGCCCGAGAGGGCCUUGUCGGACAAAACGCCGCCUGCACACUUUCAGAUUAAGGGUAAAAUGAAAAGGGGAGGGCCAGAGGGGAUUAGAUUACUCUUCCAUAAACUGAAUCCAAUUCAGUGCUUUAAUGCCUCUCCAAAAAAGGCUAUCAAUCAUUGCAGGCUCCUAGCAUGAUUUGGGUGGAAAAUUAAUUUCCUCAACUCUUUCAAUGCAGAUAUAACGCUCCUAUUUGGGUUUCUGUUGCCCUUACAUGUCUCUCUACCCCUUUCAUUCCCUUUAAGCGCUUGUAAAAUCCCAGAUUUGGAGGGGAACGUCCUGGUUGCACUUAGAAUAUGCGUUAUUCCAUCCUGCACACUCCAAGGGCUUAGAUUUGUGGCAAAUUUGGGCUCAAGGCCUAUGCGAGUUUUCGCUUGUGGUUCCUGCCUUUCUGUGCUGUUGCUUGACAUGAGUGAAAUGUGUUGUGUUUGGGGCAAUGGCCCCAACAGUAUGGAGCUGAGCCAAGGCUACCACAGUGCCCUGGACAGCUCCAGAGUGCUGUGCUGGAGACUCAGAUGUUGUUUCAGCAGCAGUCGUCUUCGGACUAAGCUUAUCUAGGAGGAGCAGCUCUAUCUGAUGAUGAUAAGAAUUUACUGUUUAAGAACCUACCAGUAUUGGAAAGCAGCUAAUAGCUAAAUUCUAGAGGCAUGGUGGGAUAGCCCCAGCCACUCUUCCAACACAUAUUAAAACAUAUUAAAACAUCAAACAUUAAUAAUAACAAUCUGAUCCAAUAUGAGAAGUCACAAUAACUUUGAAAUAAACAACUUAUAUCAAAUAAAGCAAUAUUCAAUAAUUCAUUAGAAUCUAAUAGUAAACAGUAAAAUUAAACAUCAGCCAAUUUUUUUUUAACAGUUUACACUUAUCUAUAAUCAAUAAAAAAUAAUGGCAAGUCUCCCUGCAUAAAAUGUGGUAUGUUCCUGUUGUACAUUUAAGUAGUCUCCAUAUAGAUUUGCACAUCUAAAGGCACAUGCCUUAGAAACUCUUUUGGGGACAAACAGAAAGAGAAUAUUUGGGAAAGUAUUUGAGGAGAUGCACUCAGAUACUUGCAGGUCCGUCUCCACAAUAUUGACCUUACCUGUAGAGGAGUAACAGGCAUGAAAAAGAAAUCUGCAUAAAACUGAUGCUGCUGUCAUGGCUUCCCCCAAAGAACCCUGGGGGUUGAGGGUGUUUAUGAUCUUCGGAAGGGGAAAGGUCUGAUGAAGAAGGUUUGAGUCUGGUGCCAUCUGGAAGAAGGCGCACCUUGGGGUCAAUAUGCUUCAACAGGUUUCCCGUUCUUCUUUCUCUCUUUCUUUUUAAUGAAAUGUGUUGUGCUCCACCUUUCAUUCACAUGUGACCCAAACAAACCCCACUCACCCACCUGCCGGAACCCUAAAGGUAAAGGAAAAGGACCCCUGACCAUUAUUCAUCAUCAUCAAUCUUUAUUACGGUCCAGAGACCCAACAAAACAUUACAAAUUAAUACAGAGUUCAUACAGUCUACCUCCAGGUUAAUCAAGCACUUUGUUUGGAAUAUAGGGCUCGUUUGUUCUUGCAACCACCGAUAAAAACUUUGCCACUGCCAACGUUCUAGCUUUUGUCUGGUCUUCCAGUAGGAACCUGACAUAGUGAGCCUCUGACUUUCCCGGGAAAGGCAACAGCAAGGUUAGUAUCAGUUCAGCCCUGGCCUGCUCAUACUUCACACAAUGUAACAAAAUAUGAUCUAUGGAAUCAAUGUCUUGAGCACACAAGCAAAGUCUGUCCUGGUAGGGAACUCCUCUCAACCUACCAUCCAGCACUGCAGAGGGGAAGACAUUCAGUCUGGCUUUGGUGAAAAGCCUUCGAUAGUUAGGUACUGUUAGGUUUUUGAUGUAAGAUGUUAACUCAAAGACAUACCCAUAUUGAACUCCUGCUGCCAGCGGACUACAGACUGCGUGUGACCGAGAUCGCAGGUCACUGUGUGCAUUGUCCCAUAAUCUUUGCUUUAAAACCUUUUGGGCGCCUUCAUAGCCCAGGUAAUACAGUUGGGGGGGAGACAGACCAAUAGAGGUGGCUUUUUUAGCCAGACCAUUAUUAGGUCCAGUCGUGACCGACUCUGGCGUUGCUGCACUCAUCUUGCUUUACUGGCUGAGGGAGCCGGCGUACAGCUUCCGGGUCAUGUGGCCAGCAUGACAAAGCCGCUUCUGGCGAACCAGAACAGUGCACGUUUACCUUCCUGCCGGAGCAGUACCUAUUUAUCUACUUGCACUUUGACGUGCUUUCGAACUGCUAGGUUGGCAGGAGCAGGGACCGAGCAAUGGGAGCUCACCCCAUCACGGGGAUUUGAACCGCCGACCUUCUGAGCGGCAAGUCCUAGGCUCUGUGGUUUAACCCACAGCGCCACCCGCGUCCCUGCCGAAACCCUAGUUUGGUCUACAUAGGCAGGUGGUGAACUCUCAACCCCUGGAGAGAGAAAGAGAGAGAGGCUUCCUUUUGCUCUGCUCUAAGUCGCUAAAAAGGAAGAAUUAUCCUAUUUUUCUGCCUUCUCUUCUGAUCUCCUGGGGAUUAGAUGUUUAAGGCAAAUGCAUUCUGAACCCUCUUUGCUCUCCUCCUCAAACACGCCCUGCUCCUUUACACUUAAUUUCUGACAAAGUAGCUUGGCUGUCUCAGCGGCCGGUUAAUUUGUAGUGACAGAAUGCAAGGAGGUGCAGCGAGGUGGAAAGAAUGGAGAUAGUCAACUGGCAGCUGGUGGUAACGGCUGCCCGUUUGAGUCUGCAGACAGGUGAUCAGCCAGGUGGAGAGAAAGGUGUGUGUUUUAGGAGGGGAGGAGCUGCAGUUCAAAUUGCUCUAAUUGGUUUCAUAAAUAUCCACUGCAAAGCUGGCGGUGUGGGGGGAGAGAGUAAACCUCCAUAAUUGCUUCUUUGGGAGAGCUUCUCCCAUGUUUUUUGGGUGAUUUGUUGUCCAUAAAAUCACAGUACUGCAUACCCUCCAACAUUAUUAUUAUUAUUAUUAUUAUUAUUAAUAAUAAUAAUAAUAAUAAUAUAUUUAUACCCCACCCAUCUGGCUGGGUUUCCCCAGCCACUCUGGGUGGCUACCAACAGAAUAUUAAAAACACGAUAAAACAUCAAACAUUAAAAACUCCCCUAAACAGAGCUGCCUUCAGAUGUUGUCUAAAAGUCAGAUAGUUGUUUAUUUCCUUGACAUCUGGUGGGAGGGCGUUCCACAGGGCAGGCGCCACUACCAAGAAGGCCCUCUGCCUGGUUCCCUGUAACUUCACUUUUCCCAAUGAGGGAACUGCCAGAAGGCCCUCGGAGCUGGACUCAUUGUCCAGGCUGAAUGAUGGAGGUGGAGACGCUCCUUCAGGUAUACAGGGCCGGGGCUGUUUUCUCUGAUGAAAACAGGGACAUACUAUUCUGUGAUGAUAAUUUUACUAUUUAUACCCCACACAUUUUACUGGGUUGCCCCUGCCACCCUAGGUGGCUUCCAACAUAUACGAAAACAUAAUAAAGCAUUAAACAUUUUUUUAAAAAACCAAACCUUCCCUAAAUGGGAUUGCCUUCAGACUGCUCAGGGGUCGGAUAGUUCCAUACCCUCUAAAUCACAUCUAAAGAAUCCUUUAAAAAAACACCAAUAACCUCUUAAUUCCUUGAUUCAGCAAGGAUUAAAAUCUAAUGGAGGAUCCCAUUGUUGAAUUAGCCAGGCGAGGGUAAGAAAGGAUUCUCUUCCUCCCUGUUUUAUCUUCACAACAGCCCUGUGAGGCAGGUUAGACUGAAAAGCAGGAACUGGCUCAAGGUCACCCAGUGAACUCCAUGGCUGAGUGGGGAUUCGAACCCUCAUCUCCCAGGUCAUAGUCCAACACUCUUAACAAUUGCAGUGGAACCUCAGGUUACGGCGGGGAUCCGCUGCAACCCAAAAACGACACAGCCCAAAGUGUCGCUUCUGCGCAUGCGCACACACGAUUUAGUACCUCUGCGCAUGCGCGAAUGGUGCAAACCCAGAAGUAACCCAUUCCAGUACAGUGGUACCUCGGGUUACAUAUGCUUCAGGUUACAGACUCCGCUAACCCAGAAAUAUUACCUCGGGUUAAGAACUUUGCUUCAGGAUGAGAACAGAAAUUGCACCGCGGCGGCGCGGCAGCAGUGGGAGGCCCCAUUAGCUAAAGUGGUGCUUCAGGGUAAUAACAGUUUCAGGUUAAGAACGGACCUCCGGAACGAAUUAAGUACUUAACCCGAGGUACCACUGUACUUCUGGGUUUGUGCUGGUCUCAAGCCGAGGGUGACAUAAGCCGGAGGCAACGUAACCCAAGGCUCCACUGUACACCGCAUGAGCUCUCUUCUCCAAACUUCCAGUUUAUUCGGCAUUUCUCCUGAUUCGUCUGCAGCCUUCUAAAACCAGGCAAGGUUAAGCCGAUUGGCUUUAGCUACUCUCACUCCUACGCUCGCCUAGUGUAGUUAUUUUGGUGCAAGAGUCCUCUCACCGCCUUUCCCCUUUGCUCGCAUUUUCUACAGGGGGACAGGAUGACAUUUGGAAAUGUUCUUUCUGCGUCCUGUCAUCCCUUCUGCAGAUGUCAUAUCUCCAAAGGAGAAGGGAGCGGGGAGCAAAAUCUUGCCUGCCAAAACUUUGCUAGGUGGACGGCAGAAGAAUGGACAGGUUGGCUGGCAUAUUAAUAGAUCCUUUCUUUUUCCUGCCACUGACAUCUCCCCAAAGGUCUUGAUGACGUAGGUUUUGAGGGCACUGCGAGCGUUUGAGCAGAGCUCUCUCAAAAAAGCAAGCACAUUUCCUCAAACAGCUGAAGACGAGAUGGAGGCAAACACAGCUGUGAUUUCCGGACAUGCUGUCGAUACAUAAGACAGUGUUUUGGUUUUCCUCACGGCACCAUUAGCAUACAUUCUGAUCUUUCUAUUCCAUUGAUCCCUGCCACGAAGAGCCUUCUAUGUACAUUUUGACAGCAGAAAGACAGCAAAGUAGUAUGAAUCUUUUUGAUGGUUUGCCCAGCCUGGCAAGAAAGAUCAAAUAACAUAAAAGGCAAGCAGUGAGCUGGUCCUUUUUGCAGAAUGGAGCUGAGCAUUUUGCUGUUCCCUACUAGAUUGCUGCAGACUUAUGGACAAGCCAUGCGAUCUAAUUCAGGGCCCUUCUGUGAAUGGUUACCAGAUUUUUUUCAAUGAAUCCGGGACACUUUAUUUAUUUAUUUUUUUAAGCUGAGUAGCAACAGGGAGUCAGUAGUGGGGAUGGAGAGCUAAAAGACCCGGGGCCCAAGCACACAUGCAUAUUGUAUAAAGGUGAAAAGCCCUUCUUUCACACCUUGUGAAACAUAAAUGCGCAGAGUUUUUUAAAAAACUGGGCAAUGGCACGCUGCCCGCCUGUUACUCCCGAGCAUCCCCCGAUCAGUCAAAACAAAGGGGGAAGGGGGCAGGAGAUGUGUACUGCCGGACAUCCCUGGUUCCCCUUUGGCAAUGGCAGUGGCAAUCAGCAGCCCGGAGCUAGCCUGGUAGCGCAGUUGGCUCUGGCUGGCUUCAGGAGCUGCUCGCUGCCAUAGAGCCCACCAUUUUUCCUUGCCAGAAGUCCCAAAAUGAUUUGUUGUGCACAAGACACAUCACAUGGGGACAUCCGGUGGGGGAAAAUGGUGGGCGCCACUGCAGCAAGUAGCUCCUGAAGCCAGCCAGAGCCAACUGCGCUACCAGGCUGGCUCUGGGCUGCUGAGGCUGCCGCUGCCACAUUUCCUGGGGACAGAUUUGCAAAUCUGGGGACAUUCCGGGGACGGAAUUUGUCCGGGGACAGAUUUGCAAAUCCGGGGACUUCUGGUAACCCUAUGCUAGAGAAGCACUCCCAUUGAGCCUGACGCUUCGUUUGCCCUUUAUCUGCCAGGGAAUGUGGCAUUUUGGUGCCUUGCCACAUAGGGCAACUGCAUCCAGAUCCGAAAACCAUCUGCCAAAUCCCAGCAGCUCCUGACGGUGCCCUUCGUCUGUUGCCUUGGUCCUUAGACCCUCCAGUUGGACCCAUCUUGCACCCAGUGCCAGCAUAUCAGUGCCGUCAAACACAGAGGAGUCCCCAGUGAUAGUCAUACAAUUGGUCCAUAUAGCCCUGCAUUGUCAACAAUGACUGGCAAUGGCUCACCCAGGGUUUCGGGCAGGGGUCUCCCCUAGCCCAACCAGGAGAUGGCAGGAAUUCAACAUGGGUCCAUUUCACAUUUGAAACGGCAGCUCUGCCACUGGGCUAUGACCCUAAAACAUCAGAACUGGGGGGAUGAUGUUUGUGUGUUUGUGAUGUGCAAUUUAAAGCACCAAAGGGAUGCUAAUUCUUGGCCCCCACCCCCAUCAAUCUUAUCUCCCUAGGCUGUAGCUAAAAUCACACCCGCACCAACAUUUAAAGCACUCUUAUGUCAAUUUGACAGGCAUGGCUUAAAGAAUCAUGUGAACUGUAGCUGGUUGAGGUCUUUGGAGGUCUUUAAGCAGAGGCUUGACAACCAUAUGUCAGGAGUGCUCUGAUGGUAUUUCCUGCUUGGCAGGGGGUUGGACUCGAUGGCCCUUGUGGUCUCUUCCAACUCUAUGAUUCUAUGAUUCUAGGGUGCUGGGGACUAUAGCUCUGUUACAAACAAACUACAGUAUAGCUUCCAUGGAAGUCACUGUUUUAGACAGGAUAUGAGGGUGUCACAGGCCCAAGUCACAGCCUUUGCAGUUGCUUACAGACCCUCCAAGUGCUCCUAUUUUCCAGAGCCAGUCCCUGAUCUGCAGAAGCUGUCCCAGUUUCUGAUUUCAUCCCAGAAUGUCCCUCUUUUCCUUAGGACGUCCCUAUUUUCAUCAGAGAAAUGUUGGAGGGUAUGGAGUAUUCUGACCCCUGAGCCAUCUGAAGGCAGCCCUUUAUAGGGAAGUUUUUAAAUGUUUAAUGUUUUAUUAUGUUUUUAUAUAUGUUGGAAGCUGCCCAGAGUGGCUGGGACAAUCCAGCUAGAUGGGUGGGGUAUAAAUAGUAAAAUCAUUAUGGUGGAGUAGGAUGUCCCUAUUUUCAUCAGAGAUAUGUUGGAGGUUAUGUGCUUAUUUGAAGGCUUCAUAAAGUACAGAUUAGACAUAUCCUGUUCAAGUAAUGGGUUCUUUUGGGGAAAAGCUGAACAGAGACCUCUAGUGUCCUUUUAUUCCACGACUCAAUAGCAACAUCAUAUCCAUAUCCACAACCACACUCACCCCCGAACCUAUUUUUUGCCUUAAAUCCGGCCCCGGAAACUCAUUUGCCCGCACCGCCGUGUUUGCUGUGCCUCCAACACAUGCAGCCGGUGAGAGCUUCAGGCCAGAAAAGCUAUCCCCUUGCCAGCCCAGCGAGACACAGCCGCUCAUGCCACCGGGAGAUAAAAAAUGACGGUCUCCACUUUUUUAGCUGAUAAUAAAUUUCCUCGCCUUAAAACAUGCAAAAUUAUUCAACCGUUGAGCUCUCCCAGGACUUGCCUGGCUGGACUCAAUUCGUCUGGGGGGGGCUAUCAACACGGCUUUCUCUGGUAAUUAAUGAAAGGGAAGGAAGGAAGUAGCGAGUACAGGAGCCCAGCUGCUCUUAGACCCAACCCAAAAAGAAAUGCAAGUGUGUGUGUGUGUGUGUGUGGAAUGGGGAUUAGGUGUGUGAUGCACGGCCAAUGGUGUGCAUGGAUGACAAUAAAGAAAAUUGCAUAUUAUUUUCAUAAUCUUACAGAUAUGCAUUCUUGGUCUGCUUUCCUCUCCUCCAACCUUGCCUCUGCAUUCAAGACAUGAGUCGUGUGGUUCCCCCACAAACUCCUCUCUGAAUGUCAAAUGAAGUUGUCGUUGGAGAGGGUGCUGCAAGACUCUGACUCAGGGGAUGGGAGAGGCCCUUAGCCUUGCAUACAGUGGGUCCCAGAUCAAUCCCAGACAUCUCCAGGUUGGGAUGAGAAAGACUGCUGUCUAAGACCCUAGAAAGCUGUUGCUGGUAGCCAUUUCAAUGUUCAGGUCCUCUAAAUUUGGCCCUGGUGAUGGAAAAGGGGAAACCUCCAAGCUGAGGGACAGUGGACCACUGAGUUACACUUACUGGCGAGCAACUGCAAGAGAGGACUAUUGCCUUCAAGCCCUGGUUGAUGACUUGUCUACAACAUCUAGAAGUCAGACCCAUUGAUGCAUCUAGCUCUCCGCUGACAGGCAGCUGGGUUUCUGGGUUUUCCAUCUUGGAAAUGGCUCUCCCAUUCACUUCAGUGGAGGGAGCUGGUGCUUGUAGAUGCCAUGUGUGCAUGGAAGUUCAGAUCUGCUCCCUCCGUUGAAAUGAAUGGGGGAAAUCUUGCAUGCGCAAGAGAUCCCCGUGCUAAUGAAACUUCAGGUGGGUUGAAGAUGGCACUGUUCAAGCAGGAGAAAAGAAAGCUAAGGUGGGAAGGUUGCAAAGGGGAACUUGAGGGUGGUCGCUCUAGUCUCCCAGAUAGUGCUCUCUUUACUGACAGAGGUCAAUAAGCUCUUUGCCUUGAGUGCUUUCGCCUAUUACUCUCCAUCAGUGCAGGUGUCCCCCGGAGAGUUGCAGCCAAAGAUUCUGGUCAAAAGAGUAUAUUAAUCUUAGGGCACUGAGAAAACAUCUGACUCAAAGCAGGGAAAUGCUUGUAAUAGUUCAUUAAAAUAAUUUGGGGCCAUAAUGGUUCUGAAGAUUGCAGAAUCAUAGAGCAAAUGAAAACAAUUUUUUUGGAGGAGAGGAAACUCAGGUGUUGUUUAUUUAUUUAAAACAUUUCUGCCCUUCCCACUCUUAAUGGACCUCUCCUUUGGGCUGAGUUCAAGUCUUGCAUGUUGGCUUCCCUGAAGCACUGGGGUGGCUGCUGUGGGAACAACGUCUAUGAAGUUGCUUUAGGCAUGUGCAAAAUGCAGACAUGUGAGUGCCACUUGGGAGGGGUGGGGAACCCCAGACCCGGAGGCCAAAGGCAUCCCUCCAGUGGAUUCUCCCCAUGCCAAGCCCUCAUUGGAUAUUCCUACCUGUGUGCUUAAACUCCGAUAACGCCUCUUGCUUGCCUUGGUGGAGGACAGAGAUGCAUUUAUGUGUGUAUGUCAGGGCUGGCUCAGCUACAGGUCAGCAUGGAGACUCAGAGAUGAGCAGUGAAGUUGGUUCUUUCUUCAAGGAAACAGUAUACAAACAGAGAAACCUCUGGGCAAGGCCAGUGAAGUAGUUGCCAGAACUGACGACCUGUGCCUCCCACUUCCCUCUACAUCUCCUCAUUGGCCAGAUGUUUUCCAGCAGACUUCAGCUCCAUUGAGGAGGGGUCUUCUGUGCUCUUUGUUCUGCUACAUGCAAGGCCCUCCAUGCCAUUGGAGAUAAGCAAGAAGGGGAGCUGAAUGCAGCAGGCAGGGCUGCGGCACUGGGGUGCAAAGAUCUACCUGGCGCCCCCCCCCGGUUGCCCAGGCCCAGGUGCAUAGGAGGAUGGAGUAGGCUGCCUGCCUCAGCGACUCGCUGGCUCGGUCACCCCGAAACUCGCAGUGGAGAGCCCCUCACAGCAGAAGAGCCCACUGUGGUGCUUCGACCGAUGGGCGGGCUCUUCCCUGGACUCAACUCUCAGGCCCCGGACUCUUGGGCUGGCGCCCCUGAGAGCCUGGUGCCUGGGUGCCCCGCACCCCUAGCACCUAUGGGUAAGACGGCCCUGACAGCAGGACCAGCAGGCUCCUGUGAAGUUGCUGCAGCCUUUGUCCCCUCCUCCUCCUCCUCAGCCACUUGUCCUGCAUCUGCAGGGCUUUCUGCCCUGCUUUCUCUCUCUCCCUCAAGCUUGUUGCUUGUUCAGCAUCCAACCAUUCUGCCUCCGCUUCAUCCUCUGACCUGUCUUUGGUGUCCCACCACCACUUGCCCAUAAGGAAAUGCAUCCCUCAGGUUGUAAAAGGUCCCUUGACCUAGACAAAACAGUAGCCAUCCCUUCCCCUUCUCUAUCCCCACUGCAAGGUGUAAGUGAAAUUUAUUGUUUUUGCUUGGAAACACUUUUUGGAGAUGCCAGCCUUUAAAUGGAUUAAACUCAUUGGAUUAUGGGGAGCACUGAGUCUUGGGCUCGGAGUGAUUGAUUCAGCUGCCUCUGCCAAUUGCAGAGGGACAUUCAUGAGCGGCACGAAGAAGAGGCAAGACAAUUAAAUGAUCGCAGCUUUAUCUGCAAUAUAAAAGUAAUCUGGCCGGUGUGCUUGCAGGGCGCAUUAUUUAUCCGCCGCCCGGAGUGAAAAGGUGUUUGGUUCUUUAAGCUGUGUUGACUUAAGAGAUGUUAACUGUACCUCAUUACUCUGGUUAAGAAAUCCUUUUGCAAGCUGAGAGAUACUGUAAGCUUUCUCUCCUACCAACACUUCCAUGCUGGGAAACUGGAAGCACCUGAAACGAGCAGAAAUUCAAUGUUUGUGAUGCUGAAGGCAGGGAGGGCCUUCUGAAAGAGAGGGCCCAAACUUUCACAACCUGGUGCCCUCCAGUUAUUUUGGACUAAUGCACCCAUCAGCCCCAGGCAGCAGAUGAGAGUUGUAGUGCAGAACAUCAUACCCACCAACAUUUUUCCAAGGGAAAUAGGGGCGUCCCAAGGAAAAGCUAAUGGGACGCGGGUGGCGCUGUGGGUUAAACCACAGAGCCUAAGACUUGCUGAUCAGAAGGUCAGCAGUUUGAAUCCCUGCGACGGGGUGAGCUCCCGUUGCUCAGUCCCUGCUCCUGCCAACCUAGCAGUUUGAAAGCACAUCAAGUGCAAGUAGAUAAAUAGGUACCGCUCCAGCGGGAAGGUAAACGCCGUUUCUGUGCGCUGCUCUGGUUUGCCAGAAGCGGCAUAGUCAUGCUGGCCACAUGACCCGGAAGCUGUACGCCAGCUUCCUCGGCCAAUGAAGCGAGAUGAGCGCCGCAACCGCUGAGUCGGUCACAACUGGACCAAAUGGUCAAGUUACCUUUACCUUUAAGGAAAAGCUGGACAUUCCAGGAUCAAAUCAGAAACCGGGACGGCUUCUGUAAAUCCAGGACCGUCCCUGGAAAAUAGGGACACUUGGAGGGUCUGGAACAUCCGGGUGACACCAGUUUGUUCCUAUUAGGAAUUAGUAUGUCCUUCCUAUUCCUUUCAGAUUCCUGAACUGUCCCCAGCAUACAGUCAGCUACAAAAUCGAGGGAAGCAAACAUGGAACCGAGCAGGAAGGUGGGGAAAGGUGCAAGGGAACCACAUGAUAACUGAAACAGCAGAGGAGAGAUGAUUUGAAAUUCUGCAGGGAGAUGUACAUUAAGCAGCUAUUGAUCAUGCCAGGGGUCAGUUUCUUGGAGUAAUUUGACCCAAGAGGUUAAUUGUGACGGAGGUCAAUAGAAGACCUGAACGUGCAAUGCAUCAGAAUACCAAAGGGAAUUGGCAAGAGAAUUUAUAGAGGAUGCUUAGUGCUCGUGGCACAGAGGAAAUUAAACCAGCCCGGUAGGAAAAUAUUUCUUAUAACUCCAGUUCUGCCUUGUCAACUCACACGAAUGCAGUUGGUGUGUUUCCCUCUGUGAGUACACAGUAUGCUAUCUCUGUAGUUAGGGAUGGAGGAGGAAUUUGGUUUUGUUUGCGUGAGAAUCUGUUUAAUUUGCACUUCUUGAACCAGUGUGCGAACCAUAGCCUUUGAAAUUCACACUUUCCUGAAUUUUGUGAUCCAGCCAAACAAGGUGUUUAAAAGUGCAUAUGUGAUGUACAUAAAACAUAUAUUAAGCAGAACUGCAUGCCAAGCUGCAUUAUAUCAAUGGAAAUCACCGCAAAAAUGGGCAUAUUUGUCAAAACCGCAUACAAAAAAAAAAGUGUUUUAAAAAGAAAUUUGCAAUAAAAGGAAGGCGAAUUUCCAGGAGGAUUUUAUAAAAAAUAAAUAAAUUGCAAAUUGCACGGAGAUAUGAGGCAGGAUUCACCUAACUCACCCCAUCAGCGGAAUCUCCAUGGAAGGACUUUUGCUUGUGCAACCUUGAGCCAGUCAGUCUAACCUACUUCGCAGGGUCGUUGUGAUGAUAAAACGGGGAAGGAAGAGAACAUGUACAUCACCUUGAGGUCCUUGGAUUAAAAGUUGGGACAUACAUGUAAUAACAAAUAAAUAAAAUGGCACAUGGUACUUAUUUUUAUUGCUAUAUUUUUGUAACCUGUCCGGGUGGGCUGCAAGUACAAAUAAUUAAUAAAUGAAUAACAUUUCUAAGGCAUUUGCAGAGGGCCUUCUUGGUGGUGGCGCCCUCCCUGUGGAACGCCCUCCCAUCAGAUGUCAAGGAAAUAAACAACCAUCUGACUUUUAGAAGACAUCUGAAGAAGGCAGCCCUGUUUAGGGAAGUUUUUAAUGUUUGAUGUUUUAUCCUGUUUUUAAUAUUCUGUUGGGAGCUGCCCAGAGUGGCUGGGGAAACUCAGCCAGAUGGGCAGAGUAUAAGUAAUAAAUUAUUAUUAUUAUUAUUUAUUAUAACCCUUUGCUCUCUUUAACUGAAGAAGCCAGGGAGUGGACCUAUGCAAAGUGAAAAUCGAUUCAGCAACAACAAGAGAUUGGAAAUGUGAACUCUUUAAUUAGAUUAAUAUUCUGGGUUGUUGUUUUUAUUGUGUGCAUUUUCUCCCUCUGCAGGACAGUGAGCUCUUGACCUUCAACAUCUCCCGGCACCAGUCCUGGUGGAGUGAAAACGGUCCUGGAUGUGUAAGGAAGGAGACUCCCAUGGUCGGCAUCAAGGGCUUGGACAGCCAUUCCUACGUCUCCGUGAUCGGUUGCGCUUUGGAAUAUCGCUACAUCGAGGUCAUGCACAGUGCAAUGCAGAUUCUGGUGGCGGUGAGUGACGCCCUCAAAGCCCGCAAAUCUGAAACUGGGCCUGUUUCAGCAAUUCAAAUGGCCACCUUUGGGUAUUGGAAAUUCCGGGUGCCAAUUUCAAUGCAAUACAGUCAUACCUCUUCUUGCGGACACUUCAUGUUACGUUUUUUCGGGUUAAGAACGCGGCAAACCCAGAAGUGUUUACUUCCAGGUUUCGCCGCAUGCACAGAAGCGUUCUGCACGGUUCACACAUGCACAGAAGCGUUCUGCGCAGUUCGCGCAUGCGCAGAAGCGCUCUAUCACGCUUCACACGUGGGCAGAAGCCCCGCUCUGGUUACAGACCUUUCGGGGUGCAAAUGGCACAUGGAAUGGAUCGUGUCCGCAACCAGAGGUACCACUGUAUAUGGGGGGGGGGAGAGCCAGGUAAGCCCUGCCGUGCAUAAUUGGUCACAAGAUGCAGCUCAUGCACAACAUUUGAAUGGCAAUGCCCAUUAACUUGUGGCUGGGGUCCCCUCAAAUAUUUUAUUGGGGGAGCCAAAGGGACCUCAGCCCCUAGGAGUUGGCUCCUAUGCUAGAUAUUUAAAAGACAUAUUUCAAAUUCAGGUUUCCGGUGGAUGGUGCCACAUGUUCUCGUGUGUGUGAAAGAGAGAGUUGGGGGAAGAUAGAAAGGGAAAGGGAAGAAACCAGUUUGUAUUGCAUGCUAAGCCAAACCACGGCCCAGUGUAAGCCAAGGGUUCAGGUUGCUGGGGUGAAGAUCAUGGCUGCUAUGCCGCUGCUCCACUUCUACUGCUGCUGUGUUUCUUAGGGCUAUGCCACAGUUUGGGGUAGCAUCACAUUAUCAACCCCAAGCUCAUAUUUGUCUCAUUGAAUAGUAGAAUCGUAGAGUUGGAAGGAAUCCCAGGGGUCACCUAGUCCACUCCCUGCAAUGCAGGAAUCUCAGCUGAAGUCUCACUCCAGAAAAACAACCAAUGGGUGACCCAUGGUUUGUUCUUCAUUUACUGCUCAUGGUUUGUCUGGGGGAAACAAACCACAAGCCUAAGUUUGGAUGUAAGGUAAAGGUAAAGGGCCCCUGGAUGGUUAAGUCCAGUCAAAGGCAACUAUGGGGUUGUGGUGCUCAUCUCACUUUCAGGCCGAGGGGGCUAGCGUUUGUCCACAGACAGUUUUCCGGGUCAUGUGACCAGCAUGACUAAACCUCUUCUGGUGCAACAGGACACCGGGAUGGAAACCAGAGCGCACGGAAACGCCGUUUACCUUCACGCCGCAGCGGUACCUAUUUAUCUACUUGCACUGGCGUGCUUUUGAUCUGCUAAGUUGGCAGGAGCUGGGACAGAGCAAUGGGAGCUCACUCCGUUGCGGGGAUUCUAACUGCUGACCUUCCGAUUGGCAAGCCCAAGAGGCUUGGUGGUUUAAACCACAGCACCACCCGUAUCCCUUGCCACCGCAUAAUGGUAAGCGAAACCGUAGCUGAGUCAUGCAUUAGUGCAGCAGGACCAAGAGAGGAGUGCAGCAGAUGCAAUCUUUGGUCUGGGAACCUACUCCUUAGCUAGUUCAAGCUAAGCCACUGUUUGGUUCAGAAUUACGUGUGAAUCGGGAUUAUAAAUUCCAUUUGGAUAUUUCGAUCCACGGAGCUUUGUUGGCCAGGGGGAAACAGCGCCAGAACCUUUGAUAGUUGUGCAAAAGAGGGAAUUUCUGUGGAUGUAGCCAGAGCUGACCCAAGACAUUUCCAAGAUGGAAGCUCCUCCACUUCCAUGUUCAGAAGGCGCCUGGACUUGGGAUUGACUCAAGCUUCCAUGCUGGCAACAAGACAGCAGCAACCCCCAGCACACCUGAGAGCUGCUGGCUAGUUUAGUUUAGAGCACUCUUGCUUCUGCCCUCCAACAGAAGGUAAGAGCCAAGGAGGUGCUGUGGCAAACCAAGGGCAGGAGGACAGUAUUGAUUUAGAACAGUGGUUUGCAGAGGGGCAUAGUCCAGAGGGGGAAAGCUGGGAAAUACUGGGUGAGGAACACCAAGAAGAGGGAACACCAGGAGAGAGACAGCUGGCAGACUCAGUGUCCUUGAACAGCAUUCCUGAUCCCCCUUCACCUAGGACUAGACGGGCUCUGAGAGUGAUAGAACAGAAAGCACAGAGACAACAAGCUCAGAUUACCCGAUGUAGGAGUGACGUAGAUUAAUGGAGAUGGAGGGGGUGAACCUUAACUGGGAGCGACACCAUUUCUAGAGAGAUAUGCAUUCCUUUGUCUCUCGCUAUGAUUAUUAAAGAAACUAUCUGGUAAGAACACUCCUUUCAUUUGUUGUUGUUUAGUCAUUUAGUCGUGUCCGACUCUUCAUGACUCCAUGGACCAGAGCAUGCCAGGCACUCCUCUCUUCCACUGCCUCCUGCAGUUUGGUCAAACUCACGUUAGUAGCUUCGAGAACACUAUCCAACCAUCUCGUCCUCUGUCGUCCCCUUCUCCUUGUGCCCUCCAUCUUUCCCAACAUCAGGGGUUUUUCCAGGGAGUCUUCUCUUCUCAUGAGGUGGCCAAAGUAUGGAGCCUCAGCUUCACAAUCUGUCCUUCUAGUAAGCACUCAGGGCUGAUUUCCUUAGGAAUGGAUAGGUUUGAUCUUUCAUUUGAUCUGGUUAAUUACUGCCACUGGGGGGUGGGAUCCAAUUCCCCAAAGCCUGACACCUGAUGUGGUUGCUUUCCUGUGCCCACUGGCCAUGCCGGCCUUGGAUGUUUGUGUGGAUACAAACUUGAUUUUUGACUCCUGUUGAUGACAGGAGUCAUCGUCAACUUGCUGAUUUCAGUACUUGAACACUGUGGCUGAGAUCUAAGAUGCUCUUUAGUGGGGACUUUUGACUCAUACUGUUUGAAAAGGAUUGAGAUCACACAGAAAAUGCUUCUGAAAUUCCCCUUGGUUUCAUGGAGAGACUGUGGAGGAGAGAGAAUAGAAGCAUGAUGCCAAAGCCCCCUUGGGAACAUACAAAUAACUUCAAAGUUCUUUGGAUCCUGCCCUCUCCGAAACAAACAAACAACAAACCCCUACACUCAUUGCCAUAAAUCCAACAGUAAUUAAAAAUUACAUAAACUUGAUGUGUGUGUGUGUGUGUGUGUGUGUGUGUGUGCAAGAAUAUGAUGGAUUUCCCCACUCGUCUCAAAUUCUUUUCAACCUGUACAAAACAAGCCCCUCAGCCCAUCACACCAGGAUGUGGCUCUGGUGCUGAGAUUGUUCAUUUAAAGUAAACCCAGGAAGAAGAAAAACAAAGAGAAGCAAGGCUUAGACUGAUAUAGCAGGAGCAUUUCCUCAGCAAUAGGUACAUCAAAAACUUUACCAGCCAGCAUGACUGUGAUUUAAAUAUUUAUGUGUGAGCGUCGGGGAAGAAGAAGAAGUUGCAGAAAGGGAGAGAAUCCAAUUAGGCAAAGGCUGUGUGCGUCUCCCCCCAAGGAUAUAAUAAUACACCCCGUCAGAAAACAAAGCCGUUCUGACGCGCGUGCGCCCCCCCCCGGCUUCUGUUCCUGCAGACGCCAGCAGUUUGCACAAAAGUUGCCAUCAAAUGUCACAGCGCUUAUGUUUAUCCAUACCCUCAAUUAUUUAUUUUUUUCAUUAACAUGCCACAGUAAUUGGUGCCGCCCGGUAAUUGAUUCUCGUUUGCUGCGGAGUAAACUGAAACAAAAAGUCUAUUGUCUUCAUAAAAUGCCACUAGAGCGUGUGUACAUUUUCUAGCAUCUCAGCAAUGGAAGCCACCGUCUUUUAAAAUCUGCUUUGCUUUGUUUUGCAUGAAUAUUACACUGUAUGUCUCUCUAUAUUUUUACCAAGGGAGCUGAUCUUAGUCCUCCCUGUCGCAUGACAAAUGUCAUGUGUGAAUCAGAGAACCAUAGCUAUGGCAAGGCAGCAAUUUUAUAAAGCAGGAUGAAUUCAUGGUCAAAUCUGUGGUUGUGAGAACAGGAUGCUAGACGAGAUGAGCUACUGGCCUGAUCCAACAGGUUCUUCUUACAUUUUCAUCCCCUGUAUGAAUAUAUUCCUAGGGAUGGUCAACGCUGGCUGCAUUCAGAUAUCACAGAUAUUUACUUUACCUGAUAAUUUCUGCACUCCAUGUGAUCUUUCUCACAAUGCAAAUGCCACUUCUGGAAAUGUAGUGGCAUUCAUUUCCAAGUUGUUUCCAGAAAAGAAAAGAAAAACCAGAUUGCAACCCGAUUAACUCAGAAAAUCACGAGAGUUUGGUGUUGCAAAUUCACGCAACAAAAUAUGUAGAGGUGUUCUAAAAGGUAAAGGCAAAGGUAUUCCUGAGCAUUAGGUCCAGCACGCUCAUCUCGCUUUAUUGGCCGAGGGAGCCGGUGUACAGCUUCUGGGUCAUGUGGCCAGCAUGACUAAGCCGUUUCUGGUGAACCAGAGCAGCGCACGGAAACGCCGUUUUCCUUCCUGCCGGAGCCGUACCUAUUGAUCUACUUGCACUUUGACGUGCUUUCGAACUGCUAGGUUGGCAGGAGUAGGGACCAAGCAACGGGAGCUCACCCCGUCACAGGGAUUCGAACCGCCAACCUUCUGAUCGGCAAGUCCUAGGCUCUGUGGUUUAACCCACAGCGCCACCUGCGUCCCUAUUAUUCUUAUUGACAACAAAAAUAUGAGGCCUUGCAAGACAUCCCUGCGAGAUGGAAACUUGGUUGCUCACUAGGGAGGUCAACUUUAGAGCGUGCACACACAGAGGGGAGAAUCACACACACUUGGGGGUGCAUCGUGGACACUCGGGGGUGAGGUUCACCGAAGCACAAAUAAGGUUCAUCUUUGGGGCAGAUGAUGCCAUCUGUGGGGGCAAUUGGGCUUGCACGCGGCCUGCAUUUCCUUACCCUUGCUGGCUGAGUGGGGAAAGCGGCCCUUUCCUUUGUGAAAGAUGUGGAGGAAAAAAGCCCUUAGGGAAAACUGGGACUAAUCCGAUGCUGCUUGAAACUGGCCAUCCAGGGCCUUGCAGCCGUUGUCUCUGGGGGUUAAAGGCAGCCUUGCCUGUCUUCUUAAUCUCAUUUAAACGCAAAUAGGAGCAGAACAGUCUCUCCCCUUCCACUCCCCCUCCCUGACCCACUGUGCUAUAGACAAGUCAAAUGGCUAUUUUUUGAUGGCGUUCUUGACCCUGCCUCCCUGGAAAGUAAAAGAGAGGGGGAGAUAGGAGGGGUUCGUCCUGUUGCACUCCUCAUUUGAUGGUUUUUUUGCCAGGGUGCAGAGCCCUGUGCUAAUUGAAAGACGUGUGUGUGUGUGUGUCUGUUUCUCAAGCCCUUUCCAGUCCUACACAUGAAAGUAGCUUUCAUAUGCUACAUCAAGGUGUGGACAGCAUCUGUGCAGGUUUGCUGCACAUCUCCCCUCCCUGUUUCCUGCUUUGCCUUUUCCAAAAUAUCCAUUCCAGUUCAAUAGUUUUUGAGAGACAGGUGUGGAGGCAGGUGUGGAGGACUCCCUUGCCCUGAAUGGGGUAACUGUGCCCCUGAAGGACCAGGUGUGCAGCCUGGGAGUCAUUUUGGACUCACAGCUGUCCAUGGAGACGCAGGGCAAUUCUGGGUCCAGGGCAGCUGUUUACCAGCUCCAUCUGGUACGCAGGCUGAGACCCUACCUGCCCUCAGACUGUCUCGCCAGAGUGGUGCAUGCUCUGGUUAUCUCCCGCUUGGACUACUGCAAGGCGCUCUAUGUGGGGCUACCUUUGAAGGUGACCCAGAAACUGCAACUAAUCCAGAAUGUGGCAGCUAGACUGGUGACUGGGAGCAGCCACCGAGACCACACAACACCGGUCUUGAAAUACCUACAUUGGCUCCUGGUACGUUUCCGAGCACAAUUCAAAGUGUUGGUGCAGACCUUUAAAGCCCUAAAUGGCCUCAGUCCAGUCACCGGUGGAGGAAGAGGAGGGCGGGGGGAGCUCACCAACCCUGGCAGCAUGAUCCCAGUGGUGUGCCAUCGCAGCUGUACACCUGCCCGCGCUGGGUGCCAUGCCACACAGGUGGAACGCCAUGCCCCCAGGACGCACGCUACGCCUCUGCGGACAGUGCACCUCAUCCCCGGGAUGCGCGCCAGCCCUGCCCUGCCUGCUCUCCGCCCCCCGGUGCCAGAGCAUGAAGCUCCGCCACUGAGUCCAGUAUACCUGAAGGAGCGUCUCCACCCCCAUCGUUCUGCCCGGACACUGAGGUCCAGCGCCGAGGGCCUUCUGGCGGUUCCCUCGCUGCGAGAAGCGAGGUUACAGGAAACCUGGCAGAGGGCCUUCUCGAUAGUGGCACCCGCCUUGUGGAAUGCCCUCCCACCAGAUGUCAAAGAGAAAAACAAGUACCAGACUUUUAGAAGACAUCGGAAGGCAGCCCUGUUUAGGGAAGCUUUUAAUGUUUGAGGGUCUAUUGUAUUUUAAUAUUUUGUUGGAAGCCAGCCAGAGUGGCUGGGAAAACCCAGCCAGAUGGGUGGGGUAUAAAUAAUAUAUUAUUAUUAUUAUUAUUAUUAUUAUUAGAUGCGGGUGGUGCUGUGGGUUAAACCACAGAGCCUAGGACUUGCCGAUCAGAAGGUCGGCGGUUCAAAUCCCCGUGACGGGGUGAGCUCCCGUUGCUUGGUCCCUGCUCCUGCCAACCUAGCAGUUCGAAAGCACGUCAAAGUGCAAGUAGAUCAAUAGGUACCGCUCCGGCGGGAAGGUAAACGCCGUUUCCAUGCGCUGCUCUGGUUCGGCAGAAGUGGCUUAGUCAUGCUGGCCACAUGACCCGGAAGCUGUACGCCGGCUCCCUCGGCCAAUAAAGUGAGUUGAGCGCCGCAACCCCAGAGUCGGUCACGACUGGACCUAAUGGUCAGGGGUCCCUUUACCUUUACCUUACAGGCACGCCAAUUGGGAGGGGGUGGCAGGGACUAGGCUCCCCAAAUUUCUGAAUGAAGGGGACAGGCGCCCUCAAAGUUCUGCACCGGCCAUUUGCCUCAGCAGCUGUACAGCACAGAGUUGGGACUCAGGAUGAGGUCGAAGUGCUUGUAUGGCAAGGCAGGAGGGAGGGAAGACGGAUUGUUUUCUUCCAAGAUCCCACAUGCCAAAAUGAAGUUAGGAAAUGUCUCCCCAUUUUCAUCGGAGAAGAACCUGCCUUGCCUGUUGGCUGUUUCCAUUUCCAAACGACAGCCUGAAACGCUCCCAGGAAGAUGGCAAAUGUUGACUUUGAUGGCAGAUGCUACAGCGAAAGCUAGAAUGAGAGCCACCGGCAUAUGCUACAUUUCCACCAGUAAUAAUUGCCCCCCAGCAAAUGAAUGGAGUGUGUGUGUGGGAAAACAAAGGUUGCAGGCUGCCAUCUGCACAUUGCCGUGAUUUCGUCUUCACCAGCUGCUGGUGGGAGCUUGCCUGCAAUUCUGAAAUGCGGGCGAGAGCUUGGGUGUUGCUGGGGCCUGUCCCCCACUUCCAGUAUGGCCAAAGAGAACAAUUUUGCUCCAUGGGGUUUCAUAUGACACAUAAAAUUAAAUAUAUGGCUGUAUGGUGAAAGAUUGCUGUUGUGAUUAUUAAUAAAUGUUAUAAGGGGUUGCUUUUAAGAGUAGCUUGCAGGAUUAAAGCAUACAACAAAACCCUUUUAAACCAAAGUCAGUGGUAAACAAUAAAGAGGCAGUCGGCCCCACAGUAAAAAUGGAAAGCGUAUUGCUGGUGGUCAACAAAAGAGGUUUAAAGGCUCUCUCAAGGCAAAUCUUUUAAAAAUGUAGUAUAAACACCAACAACUGGGAAACACUGGCCUGUGAGCGCUCCAGUUGGAGAACAGCCUUUGCCAAAGGUGUCGUGGGUUUUGAAGACACUCGAACACAGGACGCAAGGGAGAAAGGUGCUAAGAGGAAGGCAUGCUUGGCAAACCCUCACUGUGAUCAACUCCCGCCCAGAAACCAAUGUCCCCAGUGUGGAAGGAUGUGUGGAUCCAGAACUGGCCUCCACAGUCACUUACGGACUCAUUGUUAAAACCGUGUUUAUGGAAGACAAUCUUACUCGGCUACGAGGGAUCACCAAAGAAGAAGAAAGAAUACAAUUCAGUAAUAAAAUGUUGCCAAUGGCACAUCUGCACCAUAAGUUUAAAGCGCUGUUAUACUGGUUCGCCAGUGGUGACUCUCCACUCCCCACAAAGAAUCCUGGGAACUGUAGUUUGCUAAGGGCAUUGAGAGUUGUUAGGAGACCCCUAUUCAUCCUUACAGAGCUACGGUUCCCAGAGUGGUUUAACAAUCAACCCUUUCCCCCAUGGAUCUCUUGUAGCUUUUAGGAGGGGAACUAGGGUCUCAGCACCCUUACCUAAUCUGGGACACAGGUGGCGCUGUGGUCUAAACCAUAGAGCCUCUCCUAUUGCUCUGUCCCAGAUCCUGCCAACUCCUUCCAUCACAGUGUCCCGUUUGGCCAGAAGUGGUUUAGUCCUUGCUGGCCACAUGACACAGAAAACUGUCUGUGGACAAACGCCGACUCCCUUGGCCUGAAGUGAGACGAGCACUGCACUGAUUGGACUUGACAAUCCAGGGGUCCUUUACCUUAGCUUUUACCUUUACUCAGAUCAGAUCAGGUGAACCCCUUUUGGUACUGUGGAUCCUUCCUCCAUCUGUAAUAAUGAUAAGGCCUGCCAGACCCAAGACGAAAGGCUUUCCAGAGACAAGGGGCCAUGACAAAGAAGGCACUUUCCUAGAACUCAACUAUCUAACUGCUAUCAGAGGUGGGCAGGAGACAGCGCCUGUCGUUGACCUUAACAUGCAGGGGGGCUGAGAUGAGUGCAUAAGAAGGUAAGAUGAACCUACUGCUCUGAGCUCUAGCAAGAAGAAUGCCCAGUGGCCCUGCCAUCGUUCCCCAACCCGGUGCCCUCCAGAUGCAGUUGGACUCCAGUUCCCAUGAUUUCCCAAGUUAACGGGAUUGCAAAUAGAUUUGGGGGUUUUAACAUGAAAAGGACCAUGCUGGUGGGAAUCAAUCUCUGUGUAGCAGCGAUGGGCUUUAAGCUUCCCAGCCAAGCCUCUAUCACUGCACAUUUGCGUAUUUGCGCAUUUGCACGAGGGCCCUUCCAGGCUGCCCUAGCCAUCUGCCUGAAUCCAAGAGAACGAGGGAUGUGGGGCCACAUUUGUCCUCAGGGCUGUCUUUACCGGGGGUGCAAGGGUGCGGGGCACCUGGGCACUGAAUUCUGGGGGGUGCCAAAUGUAUACCUACGGUAUACCGGUCCCUCUGGAUUGGUGGCAGUGAAAAGCAAUGGAGUGAAAGUCCCCUCCUCCAUCGCUCUGUUACUCUGUAGCCCCCCCCCAAAAAAGCUCAAAGCUCAACAACUUUGAGUUUGCCCCUCCUAAAAAAAAAAAGCUCAAUAAAAGUUAAUUUGGGGGCAGCUAAACUAAAGUUUUUGGGACGCGGGUGGUGCUGUGCGUUAAACCACAGAGCCUAGGACUUGCCAAUCAGAAGGUCGGCGGUUCGAAUCCCCGCGACGGGGUGAGCUCCUGUUGCUCGGUCCCUGCUCCUGCCAACCUAGGAGUUCGAAAGCACGUCAAAAGUGUAAGUAGAUAAAUAGGUGCCGCUCCGGCAGGAAGGUAAACGGCAUUUCCGAGCGCUGCUCUGGUUCACAAGAAGCGGCUUAGUCAUGCUGGCCACAUUACCUGGAAGCUGUACACCGGCUCCCUCGGCCAAUAAAGCAAGAUGACCGCUGCAACCCCAGAGUCGACCACAACUGGACCUAAGGGUCAGGGGUCCCCUUUACCCUUAAACUAAAUUUGGGGGCACUGGGCGGAUCUUUGCACCCUGGCGGCGCAUAUGCUAAAGCCAGCCCUGUUUGUCCUGCACCAGAAUCAGAGGCGACCCCCAAACCAGCUAGGGAGACAACUUGCUGUAGCUUUUAGCAGCUCCACAAGCGUUGAAUGUGGCUGUUGUCAAACCGGCAUCUGUUCAGGGCUGCCCAGAAUCGCCUGGUGACUUCCUGUAACAACUUCAUGGUGUGUUCUGGCACCUAUUUUUCUCGGGGGGGGGGGGGGUGGAGAACGCUGCCCAGAACUGCAGUGCUGAAGGGCUAAGGAUGCUUGAUCUCUAUUGCCAUAAAUGGUCCAGCUCUCUCCCCCUUUAGGCUGCAUCUGAAAGCAGAAUAAUGAUGAGGUCUCUGAAUAACCGUUUGGUUAUCCGUGCAGCUCUUUUAAUCUUCUCUCUGAAGUCCGCCCCUCCUGCCUCUUUACCAUUUCCCCCUCCUUCCAGCUCUCUUCGAUUUCUGAUUAAAACAUUUAAAACUGGGCAAAUGGGAAGAAACUUUAACGUAGGUCAGAACUUGACCGUCAAAUAUUUGAAGAGCAUUACUUUUUAAAUCUUGGGGGGCGUGCGUGGAUGUCUGGAGGACGGGAGAGACAUGAGGGAGGGUCUAUUAUUCAUAGCGCCGUUUUUCUUUCAAAGCAACUUUAAUUUGAAAAGAAGUCUCCAUAUUUCACUUUAUUUUAUUUAAAGAAGAAUAAGGGCCUGAUUUCAUGAGGUGCGGUAUGAACUGUGCCGGUUAGAGUCAUGUAUAAUUCAGGCUCUGAAAUUACAAGUUGGAAUCUCUUGUCUUUCAAAUGGUAGAUUUACAUUUCCAGACAGUUACACAGAUGAAGUUGAGGGAGCACCGUCAGGCCCCAGAGACUGGCAUGGCUCCAUUAAAGGCUUCUGGGAAAUCGGGUCUUAUAUUUUAGCGCAUUCUGGAUAUGUCUCCCAGAGGGACGAGAGAGCAGGGGCUGCUUAGCACUUGACGGAUUCCUGCCUCCAACAAGAAGAAAAGAGAUGGAGGCGAAUGCAAAAUCAAACGCCAAGUGGGAUCAAAACCUGAGAGCAACCUCAAUUGCCAGGGAACCAUAGGAACAGAGAAAGCUGUCUUAUACUGAGUCAGACCAUUGGUCUGUCAACCUCAGUAUUGUCUACACUGGCAGGCAGCAGCCCCACAGGGUUUGAGACAGAAGUCACCAUGCCCUCCAACAUUUCUCUGAUGAAAAUAGGAACAUCCUAUUCAACGACAACAACAGCAACAGCAGCAGCAGCAGCAACAACAACAACAACAACAGGGAAUGUCCCAGUCCCUCUAAGUGUCCCUAUUUUCCAGGGACAAUCUCAGAUUUGCAGAAGCUGUCCUGGUUUCUGAUAUGAUCCUGGAAUGUCCUGUUUUUCCUUAGGAUGUCCCUAUUUUCACGGGAGAAAUGUUAGAGGGUAUGGAGUUUUGCGACCCCCAAGCCAAGGAGAUAAGUAACUAUACAACCUACAUGGGGAUGUCUUUUAUGGGGAAGGUUUUUUUAAAAAAAAAAAAUUAAUGUUCUAUUAUGUUUUUAUAUAUGUGGCUGGAAGAAGCCAGUCAUAUGGCUGUUAUGAGAAAACAACAACAACAACAACAACAACAACUGAAUAGGACGUCCCUAUUUUCAUCAGGGGAUGCGGGUGGCACUGUGGAUUAAACCACAGAGCCUAGGACUUGCCGAUCAGAAGGUCGGCGGUUCAAAUCCCCGCAACAGGGUGAGCUCCCGUUGCUCGGUCCCUGCUCCUGCCAACCUAGCAGUUCGAAAGCACGUCAAAGCGCAAGUAGAUAAAUAGGUACCGCUCCAGCGGGAAGGUAAACUGUGUUUCUGUGCACUGCUCUGGUUCACCAGAAGUGGAUUAGUCAUGCUGGCCACAUGACCCGGAAGCUGUACCUCCCUCGGCCAAUAAAGUGAGAUGAGUGCCACAACCCCAGAGUCAGCCACGACUGGACCUAAUGGUCAGGAGUCCCUUUACCUUUAUUUUCAUCAGAGAAAUGUUGGAGGGUAUGAGAGCUGUGUCUUCAGCAUAAUGAAGCUGGCAGAUAUGCCUCUGAGGCGAGGGAAUUCCACAACUGGCGGCUUCAGUAGACAACGGCCUUUUCCCAGGAGUUUCCUCUCAGCACCCAGAGUUCAUUGAGGAAGCCACGAUUGUUUAAAGUGGUAUGCUUGUGCUGUAAAUGUGCAAUGUAGAUGAUGCUUCUUGGGCUCACAGCCUCUCUGUACCCGGGCGCAAGGAAAGCUGGCCCAUUGCCUCUGGGCAGGAAUCUCCUGCUCAAGCAGAAUUCUGUUUCCAACCUGCCCAGCUGAUGAUCCAAGAAACUGAACACAGUCCACCUGCACAUCUGCGGUGGUCUCCCAGAUGUUUGACAAAGGAGCGCAGGAAGCUAUCUCAUACGGAACCCGUUCAUUGGUCCCUGUAGCUCAUUAUUGCCUACGAUAACUUGGCUCUGCAGGGCUUGAGAAAGGCAUCUACUUUGAGAUGCCAAGAACUGAACCUGGGACCUUCUGCAAGCAAAGGAACUUCCUUACUGCUGAGCUACAGCCCAUCCCCCAGCGCUUGCCAUGUUAAUGCAGUUGACAGGAAGAUGACAGUAGGAAAAGCAGGUUCAGUGACCCUUCGACAGUGGGCUGCCCUACAUGCCUGGUGGGCUGCAGUUGGCUCGGCGGGUCAAAAGUUGUAACGCUUAUAGGUAUUUGUUGGGCUUUAAUAGAAUUCUAAUGGGACCCAUCUAUCACGGAAAAAUGCAUUCUCAGUCUAUUACAAGCUAGGCUUGUUCAGCACCUUUUGGAUCACCGUGGACUCUUCGUCUCUCCUGGGUUCUCCCCGCCCCCCUUCCUUGCUCCCCUCCUUUCCAUUGUCCUAAUUCUCCUCUUGAUAAUUUCCUGCCUACGUUGACCUUGAAGCAUCUUCUCUUGUGGGCAAACGCCUUGAUGGAUGGUGCUGUGAUACAUAGAUCAAAAACUCUUUGCCUUCCAUGCUGAGACAACGGGAAAAAAGUAAUUUCCCUCCGCCCGCUGCCACCCGAUCCAUUCUUCCUAUUGCCAGAGGAUGCUCGUCUUUAGAAGACUUUGGGGACAUUUUAAGGCAAUUGACUCUCUUUUCCACAGAACAGAUUAACACACACACACACACACACACACACACACACACAAACACAAACACACACAAAAAGAGGUCUGCAUGACGUAUUUUUUGCAGGUGGGUUGAUUGUGUAGGAAAUUCAUUAGCUCAGUGGUAGCAGGUCUACUUCAAUCCCCAGCAUGUGAAGGAUAUCCGUGAAGGAUAAGACUAUCAAUGGUACUGGUUUUGAUGAUUACAUGUUACCAGGGAUCAUAACUAGGAGUGUGCUAUUUCACUCAUGUCCUUCUUGUGGGUUUCCCACACGUCAUAGUUUGAAUAAAGCUAUAACAGGACAUAUCAGAGCCAGCAUGGUGUAGUGGUUAAGAGCAGUGGACUCGUAAUCUGGUGAACUGGGUUCGCUUCCCCGCACCUCCACAUGCAGCUGUUGGGUGACCUUGGGCUAAUCACACUUCUCUGAAGUCUCUCAGCCCCACUCACCUCACAGAGUGUUUGUUGUGGGGGAGGAAGGGAAAGGAGAAUGUUAGCUGUUUUGAGACUCCUUAAGGGGAGUGAAAGGCAGGAUAUCAAGUCCAAACUACUACUCCUCCUCCUCCUCCUCCUCCUCCUCCUCCUCCUCCUCCUCUUUGUCAUCUUCUUGUUGUUGUUGUUGUUUAGUCAUUUAGUCGUUUAGUCCUGUCCGACUCUUCAUGACCCCAUGGACCAGAGCACCCCAUGGACAAGAGCUGCUGCACCACACUGUUGACUCAUGUUCAGCUUGUGAUUCACUAAAAUCCCCAAAAUCCUUUUCACAUGUACAACUGGCAAGCCAUGUUUUUCCCAUGUUAUAUUUGUGCAGCUGAUUAUCCUUGCCUAAGUGCAGAACCUGACAUUUAUCCCUACUGAAAUUCGUUUUGUUAGUUUAGGCCCAUUUCUCCAAUCUGUUAAGGUCAUCUUGAAUCCCGUUUUUGCCUUCUUCUUUCUGUCCAAAAACUGAGAACCGAUAACACCCAUAACAAGCUGUAAUAUUAUAAGGGGAACAGGGUACGCAUGAAAACAUGAGUAUAUUCGCGGUGUCUUCAGACUCAUUUGGCAAAGUCAUAGGUGCAUGACAAAAGAGAGCCAGUGUGGUGUAGUGGUUAAGAGCAGUGGACUCGUAAUCUGGUGAACCAGGUUUGCUUCCCCGCUCCUCCACAUGCAGCUGCUGGGUGACCUUGGGCCAGUCACACUUCUCUGAAGUCUCUCAGCCUCACUCACCUUACAGAGUGUUUGUUGUGGGGGAGGAAGGGAAAGGAGAUUGUUAGCAGCUUUGAGACUCCUUAAGCGGAGUGAAAGGCGGGAUAUCAAAUCCAAACUACUCUUCUUCUUCUUCAACUGUGGCCAGAGAACAUAAUAGCUGCUUGAAGGAGAAGCAAGGAGGCUGUAGCUAAAUGGAAGAACAUUUGCAUGCAGAAGGUUCCAAGUUCAAUGCCUGGCAUCUCGAGUUGGGCUGGGAGAGAUUCCCUGAGAGAUUCAGAGAGCUUCUGGUCAGAGUAGACAAUGCUGAGCUAGAUGAACCAGCCAUCUGACUCAUUAUAAGGCAGCUUCCUAUGUUCCUAUAUGCUCCUAUCAAUUCUUGUAGAGCAAGAAUCAGCAAUGAAUUCACUUAAACAUUUACAUACCUCAGUGUUAUGCUUCCUUCUUUGCAUUGCGCUUUACUGCUGUGACCUUUCAGAGUUUGAUUUUUCUCCUGCUAUUGGCUUUAUACCAUUCAUAUUUCAUGCAGAAGGCAAAACGUAGCAGAGCUUCCAGGCGUUUUCUAUAUCCCCGAGGUGCUGGCUUUCAUUACAGCUUAGCAUGGAAAGGCAGAUCAGGCUCACAUGAUGUGCUCUUCCCCGAAACCCUCUGCUUGCUCUAGAAACCUCUCCGAUCCUGAUGAGCUGGGAGGCUGAUGUAACCUCUUUGGGUAAAGUAGGAGAAGUGAAACAAUUGAAUAAACAGUAAUUCAUUAUUGAUGAAACCCCAUGUUGGAAAGUCGUAGGCAGUGGGGGAUGAGGUCAAAGCAGAACAAAGGAUUUAAUCACUAAGUGGGAUGUGUUGGAAACAAAGUCAAAGGAAUGGGAGUAAGCAAUGAGAUGCACAAGGCCAACGAGAGACCUUGGAAAACUGCUAUCUAAGGAUGUGUCCUUGGGGACAUGUUGAAAGGGUUCAGAAGGGUAUUUCAUAUGCUUCUGGACCUAUGCUUUGUUGUUGUUAUUGUUGUUUAGUCAUUUAGUCGUGUCCGACUCUUCGUGACCCCAUGGACCAGAGCACGCCAGGCACUCCUGUCUUCCACUGCCUCCCGUAGUUUGGUCAAACUCAUGCUGGUAGCUCCGAGAACACUGUCCAACCAUCUCGUCCUCUGUCGUCCCCCUCUCCUUGUGCCCUCCAUCUUUCCCAACUUCAGGGUCUUUUCCAGGGAGUCUUCUCUUCUCAUGAGGUGACCAAAGUAUUGGAGCCUCAGCUUCAGAAUCUGUCCUUCCAGUGAGCACUCAGGGCUGAUUUCCUUCAGAAUGGACAUGUUUGAUCUUCUUGCAGUCCAUGGGACUCUCAAGAGUCUCCUCCAGCACCAUAAUUCAAAAGCAUCAAUUCUUCGGAAAUCAGCCUUCUUUAUGGUCCAGCUCUCACUUCCAUACAUCACUACUGGGAAAACCAUAGCUUUAACUAUACGAACCUUUGUUGGCAAAGUGAUGUCUCUGUUUUUUAAGAUGCUGUCUAGGUUUGUCAUUGCUUUUCUGCCAAGAAGCAGGCGUCUUUUAAUUUCAUGGCUGCUGUCACCAUCUGCAGUGAUCACGGAGCCCAAGAAAGUAAAAUCUCUCACUGCCUCCAUUUCUUCCCCUUCUAUUUGCCAGGGGGUGAUGGGCCCAGUGGCCAAGAUCUUCGUUUUUUUGAUGUUGAGCUUCAAACCAUAUUUUGCGCUCUCCUCUUUCACCCUCAUUAAAAGGUUCUUUAAUUCUGCCUAUGUUACAACCCUAGAAAGCUGUAGAGCAGCCUUUCUCAACCUGUGGGUCCCCAGAUGUUGUUGAACUACAACUCCCAUCACCCCUAGCUAGCAAGGCCAGAGCUCAGGGAUGAUGGGAGUUGUAGUCCAACAACAUCUGGGGACCCACAGGCUGAGAACCGCUGCUGUAGAGAAAUGCAAAGGACCCCUGAGCACAAGGGGAAUCUGGGAGGCAAGCAGGUACAACCAGCAGUCUAAUAUCCCAUUUCGUUGCCUUUCCAUUCUGAGAGUGUAAGAAAGGACUUCUUAUAUUCUCAGAGAUGGAUAUAAGUGACGUGCUAAUUAAAAAUUUCCUAAAAUGCUACUCAAGGCCAGUGAAAUCUCAGUGAUGCCCACAAAAUCCUGGUUUCUGUCUUACUCCAUUCAGAGACUUUGGCGUCCAUUUCGUAUGGACUCGAUUAUUAGAUUCCUAGGCAGAGAUUUAAGGUAGCUGGGUUAAAUUUCCGUUACCCUAGUCCUGAGCCCAUGGGAUACAGUCAGCUAUAAAUAAUCUGAUCGAAUUAAUAAAUGGAAGGAUCCAGUUGCUUAUUACCUUUUCAAGGACAUAGGAAGUUAUAAAUGUCAGCAGCCAGGGUUCAUAUUUCUGGGGCAAUGAUGAAUUUUUAAUCCUUUGUCCAAUGCUUAAUGUAUUUUGGUACUUAACUUUCCUACGUGUCAUACAGUGGGCAAACAAUUACAUUGAAGGAUAUUUGGUUUAAGCUUGCUGAUAAAAGGAAGGUAAACGGAGUUUCCGCUUUGGGUCUUUGAAGCUGGGCAGGCUUCCGGCUUUUGAUUUUUGAUUUUUGAAGAGUUUCUUCAUAGAGUUCAGGACACUUUCAGCUAGAGAAAGUGGGUAUCUGAGCAUUGUGCCACAUCUGACAGCACAUACAUAGAAAAGCAUGGGGGAAAUCAUAAGAGAUAUCUUUCCCCUGAAGACCCACCAAACCUGGAUCUGGGUAUCUUCCAAAAAGUGCAAGACAUUCUGCUUCUCAUUGGCUUUUGGUGGCCCCAGAUAUAGCGUGAUGAUGUGAGAUGAAGGUGAUUUAAUCAAUGCACUUGGAACUUGAUGAUUUUAGGUUAUUGUUACCUGGGCAUUUGGGAUGUGAUAAAUCAAAGAAGUAAAUAAUGAAACACCACUAGCAUGACAAAAAAAAAAAACAUGCUGGAUGUUGCUCACAAAAGCAACUACUCUAUUUCGAACUUAAAAAUGGAAAGCGUAAUGCUGGUGGUCAGCAAAAGAGGUUUAAAGACUGUCUCAAGGGAAAUCUUAAAAAAUGUAGCAUAAACACUGACAACUGGGAAACACUGGCCUGUGAGCGCUCCAGUUGGAGAACAGCCUUUACCAAAGGUGUCGUGGGCUUUGAAGACGCUCGAACUCAGGACGCAAGGGAGAAACGUGCUAAGAGGAAGGCAUGCUUGGCAAACCCUCACUGUGAUCAACUCCUGCCCAGAAACCAAUAUCCCCACUAUGGAAGGAAGAGUGGAUCCAGAAUUGGCCUCCACAGUCACUUACGGACUCAUUGUUAAAACUGUGUUUACGGAAGAUAAUCUUACUUGGCAAGAAGAAGAAGAAGAAGAAGAAGAAGAAGAAGAAGAAGAAGAAGAAGAAGAAGAAGAAGACUGUGUGCAGGUCAUUGUUUCAGCACCAUGACCAGACCUGCAUACCUCUAAAAGCUUUCACCUCCACUAUCUCAAAGGGCAUCCAUGCACCAGGAACAGUCUGGGGUUGUAUUUUCCCUUGGCUUUUCAGCAUCUUCUUUGCCCCAGGCUCCUAUGCCUUAGCCCACUACAGUGGUACCUCGGGUUACAGACGCUUCAGGUUACAGACUCCGCUAACCCAGAAAUAGUACCUCGGGUUAAGAACUUUGCUUCAGGAUGAGAACAGAAAUCAUGCAGCGGCGGCACAGUGGCAGUGGGAGGCCCCAUUAGCUAAAGUGGUACCUCAUGUUAAGAACAGUUUCAGGUUAAGAACGGACCUCCAGAAUGAAUUAAGUUCUUAACCCAAGGUACCACUGUAGUGUCCUAGAUGGUGUGCUGUUGUUUUUUCAUCAAAUCUUUUUUAUUAAGUUUUACAUUACCAAUUAAAAUUCAAACAUUAAACAUCAACAUCAACGUUUAGGAUUCCAUGAAUCCUUUGACUCCCUCCACCUUUCCAUGGUUACCAGUAUCAAUCUUUUUUCAACUGCUUCUCUUAUUUUCUCUUUUUUUAAAAAAAAAUAAAUCCAGUUUUACCAUAGUCUUUAACACAUUACAAGCAUUACGCAAAUCCUGCCGAAGUUUUUACUUGUUUAAAGUGUUUUCUUAAAUACAUUGUAGAUCUUUCCCAUUCCAUCUUAAAGUUCUUCUCUUCCUGGCUUCUGAUUUUCCCUGUCAAUUUCGCCAUUUUUGCAUAGUCUGUUUGUCUUUGGUCGGGACUUUAUUUUCUCUCCAUCUCUGGGCCAGUAGUAUCCGCACUGCUGUCAUUGCAUACAUAAAUAAUCGUUUCUGCUUCUUUUACAUGGUGGGUUUUGCCAUGGUCACCCCUUGAGAUGAAUGGACACACCCUGUUUUUCUUUCCUCCUCACGAGUCACGUUGCUUUUUGUGUGUGUGAAAAACCUCUUACUAAAAUUGCACAAUGAUGUGUUUGCAUUGAAACCAGAAAAGCACAGUUGCUGUAGAUUUCCGAAAGGUUGCGUUGACCAUCUGGAAAGUGCUGGGUCCUCUUCUUGUUCCAGCCGCUGAAGGGUUUGAAGACCAUCUGGAAACUGCUGCAUCCUCUUCUUGUACAGGGGAUUAAAGACUUUGCUUCAGCUGCAUAUUUAUUUAGGCAGAAUCCCUCAUUUAGGACAGAAUAGGUAGUCAAGCAGGAAGAGGCUGCCUCUGAGCAGCUUAGCAGACACCUGAGCAAUGAAUGUCUGACACUGCAGUCAUGCCAGUCACAGCAGCUUUUAUAGGACCAGGUGGAACCCCAUUUGGCCAUUGAUGUCACCUGAUCUCUGUCAACUUGAUAGCUGCAAUGCCAUCCAUUGGCUGUGUGUGUGUGUGUGUGUGUGUGUGUGUGAGAGAGAGAGAGAGAGAGAGAGAGAGAGAGAGAGAGGUAGCAUUUUCUUCCUCCUGGAUGCAGCUACAGCUGUGGGGUGAGUUAGGUGCUGAGGCCCUGCCACUGGAACCCCCUGUACAAAUACUGUAUUGGCCCGAAUAUAAGCCGCACCUUUAAAAUUCGGGGGGGAGGGGAGAGUCUGCGACCAGAAGGAGGAGGAGUACCAAGAGGAAUGGAAGAAAUUUAAAGACUAUUUAGCUAAAUAUGUUAAGAUAACUUAAAUAGAAUUACUUGCGAGCACCAGAUUGGCCUAGGAUUUAAAUAAGUGAUGUUGUAGAAUACUAUGGUUUAAAAAAAAAUGAAAAGAAAGAAAGAUGUUAAUUGACUAAGUAAAUUUUAUGUGAAAAUAGUUUUGGAAAACUGCUAUAAUGAUUUAUAUGGAAAUUCAGCCGUGGGAUUCGAGGAAGUCACACAAUAAUGUUAACAAAAGUGGAAUUAUUACAGUUAGGAUUAAUGUUUGUUUGUUUGCUUGUUUGUUUUUUGGAUUUUUUUUUAUUUGUCUGUUAUAAGUUUGGAAAAUUAAUUUUAAAAAUUGAAGAAGAAAAAAUGGGGGGGGGCAAUACCUGAAUAUAAGACGCUCCCUUAAAAUUGGUGGUGACCAUGUGGUCCGAGCAAAAAAUUGUGGCCCUACAGGACCCACACAGUGCACUGGGAAAUGAUGGGGGGGCUGCCGAAGAGGCCCCAACACUCCCCCGAAGCACCAGCCCUACACGGUGCAGCUGGGGGGAGAUUUGCAUAGGGUGGUGGCAGAGUCCAUGGCCUCCCUGGGCAACCACAACCCCCGCUCACUAGGGCUGCAGCAGGAGUUAAAAGCUUAGGCGCAGCAGGCAGCACGCUGUUGCCCCGCACUCCUGGGCUGCUCUCAGGGGUGGGGGAGCUGCGCCGCUUCCCCCCUUCGUUCUGAUGGCUCAGGGGAGGCUUGGGAUCGGUGGGCUGGACGGGCACCAUUAUCUCACACCCUCAACAGCCCUCGUGGUGGCAUCCAGGGCUGUUUCAGCAGUGAUAUUGUAAGGCCGCGAAUAUAAGCCGCACUUUAACUUUUCAUGGUCGGAAUUUGGAAAAAAGGUGUGGCUUAUAUUCGGGCCAAUACGGUAUGCCCCCACGCCAGUGCUGCUUUCUUGGUUUUAUGGUCUGUUUGAAAUUUGUAUAGGACACAUCUGCCAAUGGCUUGGUCUCCCUACAGGCUUUUUGGCAGCAGGUGAAAGUAUCUCCACGACUUUCUUGAAAUGCUUACAUAGGAGACAUAAGGUAGAGGCUUUUCAAUGCCUUUCCAUGAGUCUGCACAAUGUUGCUUGGUGCAAGGAGGAUCUCAAACUAGGAUCCCUGGCUCCUCCAGAUCUGCCAGGCACCUCAUUUUUAAGGUUAUUGUAGGCCUUAAUUAUUUGUUUUCCACUGUGAACUCAAUCCACUUUAACGAGGAAUUAGGACCAAACAAUUACUCACACCGCAGGAAGGCAGAAUGAUGUAUGAGGGGACUCUGGAAAGUGGAGUCAUUCAUUUUUAAUACAAGAGAAACAUACAUCACACCGCUGAACAAAAGGCAGGAUAAUGAGGUUUCCGUGGGAGGGAUUAUGGAAUGCAUUUGGGUUUGGCAGGUCUCUUCUGAAAGCUCCGCUCUGAAGAGGUUGAGUAAUGUUUUACAUUGUUUUGCCAAAAAAAAAAAAAAAGCUGCCUCACCAACUCUGAAUCUCCUGAGCAUCUUAUUAAGAGUUGCAAGGAUGACGGAAUGCUCACUUUAUUCUCCUUGGUCUGAUGGACACCAGGAAGUUCAAGCCAACAAUACAUGCGGGUGAAGGCACCCAUUCUUUGGAAAGGAUGGAAUUUGCUUUUGCGCCUGACAGAAGGAGCAAAAUGGAUUCUAUUGAACGAUGGCAGGUGAUUGUAGGGUUCAGGAAGGGACAAUGGCAUUAGGCAGGAAUUCAGCAUCCUGGGUAUGUCAACAUCUUAUUCUUUUACAAAGCAAGUUCUUCAAAAUAUAAGCUUGAAAGCUUGGGCAGUGUCUGCAAACAUUCAGAAGGUGGCUCACUGAGAAGGCUAGUCGAAACCAGGAUAAAUUAUGGAGGAACCACGACUCAGUGACUAAGUCUGAGUUUUGCCUUGCAGAAGGUCCCAGGCUCAACUCCUGAAAUCUCCAACUCAAAGGAUUUAGGAAAUGUAGGAAACUGUCUUAUAUCAAGUCAGACCAUUGGUCCAUCUGGGUCUGUAUUGUCUACGCAGACAGUCAGUAGCUCUCCAGGGUUUCAGUCAAUGGAUAUUCCCAGCCUUAGUGAAGAUGUCUGGGACUGAAGUUGAGACCCUCUGCAUGCAAGACAGAUGCUGAGCUUUCCCAUGGACCUACGGUUCUUCUCCCAAAGUACCAGCUGAUGAGAAAGUUGGCCUGGUAGGCUGCUGCGAGAGUUAACAGUUCCGAACUAGAUGAACAAACCAUCUGUCCUGAUAUAAGAGCACUUCUUAGGUGUCUAUGUAAAAUCUAUAGGGUUGCAUCCAAUAUUGUUGUUGUUGUUUAGUCGUUUAGUUGUGUCCGACUCUUCAUGACCCCAUGGACCAGAGCACGCCGGGCACUCCUGUCAUCCACUGCCUCCCGCAGUUUAGUCAAACUCAUGCUGGUAGCUUCGAGAACACUAUGCAACCAUCUCGUCCUCUGUCGUCCUCUUCUCCUUGUGCCCCCCAUCUUUCCCAACAUCAGGGUCUUUUCCAGGGAGUCUUUGUUUCUCAUGAGGUGGCCAAAGUAUUGGAGUCUCAGCUUCAUGAUCUGUCCUUCUAGUGAGCACUCAGGGCUGAUUUCCUUAAGAAUGGACAUGUUUGAUCUUCUUGCAGUCCAUGGGACUCUCAAGAGUCUCCUCCAGUACCAUAAUUCAAAAGCAUCAAUUCUUUGGCGAUCAGCCUUCUUCAUGGUUCGGCUUUCACUUCCAUACAUCACUACUGGGAAAACCAUAGCUUUAACUAUACAGACCUUUGUUGGCAAGGUGAUGUCUCUGCUUUUUAAGAUGCUGUCUAGGUUUGUCAUUGCUUUUCUCCCAAGAAGCAGGCGUCUUUUAAUUUCUCAACUGCUGUCACCAUCUGCAGUGAUCAUGGAGCCCAAGAAAGUAAAAUCUCUCACUGCCUCCAUUUCUUCCCCUUCUAUUUGCCAGGAGGUGAUGGGACCAGUGGCCAUGAUCUUAGUUUUUUUGAUGUUGAGCUUCAAACCAUAUUUUGCACUCUCCCCUUUCACCCUCAUUAAAAGGUUCAUCCAAUAUUCAUCCAAUAUUAGUCUUACUUAGAUUGACCCAUUCAGAUUUAUGAGCUUGACUAACUUUGGUCUGGUAGUUUUGAUGUAUAUACUCUGAGUAUAACUUAGUUUGAUACAACCCACACAAUGCAUUGUAAAUUGUGCAAAAUAAGAGCAAAUGUACAAUUUCCCCCAUUUAUAUGAGCUGUAGAAUUCAGAACAUUGAUUGCAUUGAUCCUUCCUUCCUCCUUCCACAUUAACUUCAAAAAAAGGGGGGGACCCAGGUAACUACCAGCUGGUGAGCGUGACAUUGAUACCAGGAAAGGUCUUAAAACAGAUAACUCAACAGUUGGUCUGUGAGCUCUUAGAUCCAGCAUGAGUUUCUCAAAAACAAGCAAUUCCAGAUGAAUCUCAUGUCUUUCUUUCGAUGGAAUUAAAAGCUUGGUGGAUGAAGGGAAUACAUAGUGUAUCUUGAUUUCAGUAAGGCAAAGUCUUACUGAAAAAGUCCCCCAUGAUCUUCUUGCAAGGAAACUGGUAAAAUGGGGGUUGAACAAGGUAACUGUUAGGUGGAUUUGUAGCUGGUUGACUGACCGAACCCAAAGAGUACUCAUUAACAGUUCUUCAACAUCCUGGAAAAGAAGUGACAAGUUGGGUGCCACAGGGUUCUGUCCUGGGCUUGUUGUUGUUCAACAUCAUCAUCAUCAUCAUAUAUUUGUACCCUGCCCAUCUGGCUGGGUUUCCCCAGCCACUCUGGGCAGCUUCUAACAAAGACCAAAAAUACACUAAAAUGUCACACAUUAAAAACUUCCCUGAACAAGGCUGCAUUCAGAUGUCUUCUGAAUGUCAGGUAGCUGUUUAUCUCUUUGACAUCUGAUGGGAGGGCAUUCCACAAGGUGGGUGCCACUACCGAGAAGGCCCUCUGCCUGGUUCCCUGUAACUUGGCUUCUCGCAAUGAGGGAACCGCCAGAAGGCCCUUGGCGCUGGACCUCAGCGUCUGGGCAGAACAAUGAGGCUGCAGGUGCUCCUUCAGGUAUACUGGGCCGAGGCCAUUUAUAAAUGUCUUUGGAGGAAGGAAUUGAAGGGAUGCUCAUCAAAUUUGCAGAUGGCACCAAACCGGGAGGGGUAGCUAAUGCAGAAUCAGAAUUCAAAACGGCUUCAAGUUACAAGAAAGGAGAUUCCGACAAAACAUCAGGAAUAUCUUUCUGACAGUAAGAGCUGUUCAACAGUGGAACAGUUUCCCUUGGGGAGUUGUGGGCUCUCCUUCCUUGGAGGUUUUUAAGCAGUGGAUGGCCAUCUGUCAUGGAUUCUUCAGCUGAGAUUCCUGCAUUGCAGGGGGUUGGACUAGAUGAGCCUUGGGUUCCCUUCCAACUCAACCAUCCUACGAUUCUAUGUUGUACGACACGGGUAAGUAGAAGGUGGAUCAGAAUCUGCUGGCUGAUCUCUGGGUGAUCUGUAGCAGACUGGCAAAGGUUUCUAUUGUCAGGAGACAAUGAAGGAGAGCACCCUUGGGGUGAAGUCAGAUUGCUGGAGAAUUACAGUGCCUGCUGUGAUUGUAGAGACCAAUACGGGAGAGACAUGUUUUAUUGCAGCUGGGGCAGAUGAAGGCAUCCGGUUGAGCUGAUGCACCAUGGCGUUUCUUCUUUCUGCGCUCCUCCCAGUUGUCUAACAAUAGUGAUAACUAGUUAGCCAAAGGAGCCCCAAAGCAAAAUGUUAAAAUAAAAAAUAAGUUAUAGUCAAAGCUUUUCUCCCUCUCGUGUUAUUCUGGAGCUCAGGGCUACCCAGUGAAGCUGAAUGUAGAAAGAUUCAUGACAGACUAAAAGAAUAAAUUCUUAACACCACAAAUACUCUCAAGUUCAGACCCUCAAGAUGUAGUGAGGGCCACCAACCUUAAUAGCUUUAAAAGAUUAAUAAUAUAAUAAUAAUUUAUUAUUUAUACCCCGCCCAUCUGGCUGGGUUUCCCCAGCCACUCUGGGCGGCUUCCAACUGAAUAUUAAAAACAAUACAGCAUCAGACAUUAAAAACUUCCCUAAAAAGUUCCCCUUCAGUUGUCUUUUAAAAAUAAAAUAGUUGUUUGUUGCCUUGACAUCUGCUGGGAGGGCGUUCCACAGGGCAGGCGCCACUACUGAGAAGGGCCUCCGCCUGGUUUCCUGUAACCUCACUUCUCGCGGCGAGGGAACCACCAGAAGGCCCUCAGCGCUGGACCUCAGUGUCUGGGCAGAACAAUGGAGGUGAAGAUGCUCCUUCAGGUAUACUGGACCGAGGCCGUUUAGGGCUUUAAAGGUCAGCACUAACACUUUGAAUUGUGCUCAGAAACGUACUGAGAGCCAAUGUAGGUCUUUCAGGACCGCCGUUAUACGGUAUCAGCGGCCACUCCCAGUCACCAGUCUAGCUGCCGCAUUCUGGAUUAACUGCAGUUUCUGAGUCACCUUCAAAGGUAGCCCCACAUAGAGCGGAUUAGACAAAUCCCUGGGCCAUAUUGUUAUCAAUGACUUCUAGCCAUGAUGGUUAUAUUCUACCUCCACUGUCUCAGGCAGCACGUUUCUGAAUAUCAGUUGCUGGAAACUGAAGGAGGGGCGAGUGUGUGUUUGCACUCAGAUUUUGCUUGUGAGCUUUGCACAAGCAUCUGGUUGGUCACUGUGACAACAGGAUGCUGGGUACAUUAUUGGCCUGAUCCAGCCAGACUCUCUAUAAAAAUAGUUCCACUCUUUCUAUAUAGUUUUGACUGUUGUUUGUUCUAUGCGUACAGCGCGUAUAUUCCUUUAUGUAAGCACUAGUCUUGGAGCAAAUAUUAUGAUUAUGAAUCCUUUUAUCUUUUCUUCUUCCAGCUGGUGGGCUUCGUCUAUGCCUGUUACGUUGUCAGUGUUUUUACAGAAGAAGAAGACAGCUGUAAGUAUUCGCCGCAGGACAGAUCCCUGGCCGUGGGUCUUAAUCUGAUGCCCUUCCUCUUAGAAUGGAAUUUAUUUUAUUUAUUUAUUGCAUAUAUAUAUAUCUCACCAGGGAGCUUGAGGUGGCCUACAAAGUUCUCUGCCUCGCCGUUUUAUCCUCACAACAACCCUGUGAAGUAGAUUAGGCUGUGAAUGAAUGCCUGGCCCAAGGUCGUGUGACGAGCUUCUUGGCUGAGCAGGGAUUUGAAUCCUCAUCUCCCAUGUUUCAAGUCUCUAGCUACCGUCUAUCCUCCCUGAACAGUGCUCUAUGUACACUUUUGAGUUAAGGUCGUUCAUGUUUGCUGUGAUUUUUUAUAUAUGCAGUUUAAGCGCAAUGCUUUAAAAAGCAACAAAAAAUAUUAAACGGUGACCUUUCACUCCAGCUUCAAGAGGCAGCAUUUUGCCAGUUAAACUGUAAGUUAUCUCCCACUUCUUUCUAUAACUGCAAACAAGGCAACUGAUUCUACAGAGGCUUUGGUUAUAUGCAAAUGUGUUUACUUGAUCAAAAAGGCAGGUGAUUAGUCAAUGAAAAAUUCUUUUUUUAUAAUUUUUUUAACGGUUUUGCAUAAUUUUAUACAAUUUAACUGUAACCAUUUCAAAGCAUUAAAAUGAAAAGUUUCUUUCAAACCUUUGGACUUCCAUCCUUUCCUCCAUGGGUUCAAUUUCCUAAGAAAAUAUAUAUAUAUUUUCUGCAUCUUUUACCCUUAUCUAUCUGUUAUAUAUUCAGUUUCCAAAGUUCAUUUCACACUACAAGUGUCAUUGUAUCCCUGCCAAUGAUCUUAACUGUUUACAGUGGUCUUUUAAGUAUGUUUAAAAAAUUAUUACAGUCUUUUAGAAAUAAUUGAUCUUCCUGGUUUCUGAUCUUUCCUGUCAGUCUCGCCAUCUCUGCAUAUUCCAUUUACUUGGUCUGCCAUUCUUCUCUGGUCAGCACUUCUCCCUCCUUCCAUCUCUGGGCCAUAGCUGUCAGCUUUCAGAUUUGAAAAUAAGGGAUCAGCAGCCUCACCUGUCCCGGGGACAGUCUAUGGGAUAUCUAACAAUCCGGGAUAGCAGCGGGAAGCAGCAGGAAAUGGCGCUGGAAUAAGGGAAUUUCCCGCCAAAAAAGGGAAGGUUGACAGCUAUGCUCUGGGCUAAUGUCAGGCUGCCAAGCAAGGCUUACCUUCCCACUCUCUGUAAAUAACAGCACAAAGUGAAAGCAGUCUUUUGGCAGCAACAGAGAGGUUUAUUGAACACAGCACAAACCAUUCAGCGUCCGUUCUCAUCGUGCAGGUGCUCCCAGUUGAGUUCGUCCCACUUCCCUCUAGUUACUUCCUGAGGGGAUGUUUAGGGAUGCAGGGGAGGAUAUAUUGUCUAAGAUAUCCUAUCCCAACUUUACAAGUUCAACAAAAUCAGCAGAGUUAACAUUCCCCUUUUUUAAACACAUGCACAGCAGAUAGCUUGCUCAGACUUUUCAGAGUCUCUGUAAAUAUUUCCUGGUAUUUCCCCCGUUUAAUCCCUCCUAAAAUAAGACGCUACACAGUCUUCUGUAAAGUAUAAAAUGUUUACUCACAAGUAAUCAUCUGUUCACACAAAGGUUCCCAGAAGGCAGACUUGAAAGGUUAGAACAUAGUUUAUAUGUGGUGACUAUCUCCUUACGGGAGAAAGACUCCCUUUUCUUCUCUUGGCCUGGAGCCAAGGGUGCAUCUUAGUAGUGCUGUGGUUAAGAUGGUAUCGAUAGAGACAAGAGGGACAAGAUGGUCGCCAGCCUGUGGUUCUUUCUACUUCAGGAGAGGCCAUGCCCAUCUCAAGUUACACAUAGGAAGUUUCGUCUCAGUCCUGGGAAGCAGGAAGUUCCGGCUGGAGGACUGAGACAACCUUCAUGUCUACUCUAGCAAUAUUGUGCUUGACUGCACCUGAUUCUUACAUCCCACACUUCCGUCUUCCCGUCUCCUCACCACGUGAUUCCUCCACCACUGAGCCUUCUGAGAGGCUACCGUAUCCAGACUCCUGGCUCUAGGACUCAUGCACUGCACACUUUCUAGUGAGGGAGAUCCAACCAGCUCUCUCUCUUCCCGUUCCUCUCCCUUUGAUUGCUCUUCCCCCAGCUAUCAGUUUCCGAACUGUGUCCUUCCUCGAACCAUUGCUCUAGGUCGAUACUAUCCUCCUGCUCCAGAGGAGCUUCAGGAUCAGGCCCUUGUUCAGAGGGAGAGGGGGGCUCUUACCAUUUUUCCUCAGAGCAAUACCUUCAGUCUGGUUCCUGACAGCUAGAAGCAUUCUCGCUGCCGUCAUUGCGUACAUGAAUAGUCUCUUGUCUUCUUAAUAAUAAUAAUAAUAAUAAUAAAUUUUAUUUAUACCCCACCCUCCCCAGCCAGAGCCAGGCUCAGGGUGGCUAACACCAAUAAAAGCACAGUAAAAACAUUAUUGGGGGGUGGGAACCCAAUUUAAAAUACAAGUUAAAAUGCAAUUUAAAAUGCAGCCUCAUUUUAAAAGCAGCCGAUAGAUCAAGACCAUAAAGGGAGGGAAACAUAAGGGUCAGACUGAGUCCAAACCAAAGGCCAGGCGGAACAGCUCUGUCUUGCAGGCCCUGCGGAAAGAUGUCAAGUCCCGCAGGGCCCUAAUCUCUUGUGAUAGAGCGUUCCACCAAGUCGGGGCCAGUACUGAAAAGGCCCUGGCUCUAAUUGAGACCAAUCUAACCACCCUGCGACCUGGGACCUCCAAAAUGUUGUCAUUUGUGGACCUUAAUGUCCUCCACGGGGCAUACUAGGAGAGGCGGUCCCGUAGGUACGUGGGUCCUAGGCCGCAUAGGGCUUUAAAGGUCUAAACCUUCUUUUGGUAUCUCUUCACCUAUUAUACCUAACAAAAAAGCUUCUGGUUUUUCAACAAAGGUUUUCUUAAACAUUUUCUUUAACCCAUUAUAUAUCAUUUCCCAGAAGACUUUUACCACUCCACAAGACCACCAGUCAAUGACGAAUUCUUUAGUCAGAUGGCAACCCUAACAAGCUGAUUUCUCAGUGUGGCAACAUUUGGCUACUUAUUCUGGCUCUGCAAAUCUACCUCAAGGUUUGCUCUGUUGGGGGCUUCCAAUGAGCUCAUGCAGUGACAUCUAUUACAUUUACUUUGGGGCUCAGUGUAUUCUUUAUAAAAAAAAUAAUUAUAUUGCUAUUCAUAAAAAACAUGAGAGAGGUUAACAACAAUUGUACAUCAAACCAUGCAAUAAAAGCCACGUGAAAAGUUGAAACCAGAAAUCGGCUAACCAUUAAAAUCUGUUCUUAAUUGCUUGCAUAAUGCUGGCAGAAUAGAAAAGUUUGAGGCAGGUACCGUAUUUUUCGCCCUAUAGGACACACUUUUUCCCCUCCCAAAAUGAAGGGGAAAUGUGUGUGCGUCCUAUGGGGCGAAUGCAGGCUUUCGCUGAAGCUUGGAGAGCAAGAGGGGUCGGUACGCACCGACCCCUCUCUCUCUCCAGGUUUCAGGAAGCUAUCCGUAAGCCUGGGGAGCCCACGGGAGUUCCCACAGGGCUCCCUAGGCUGCGGAUAGCAGCCUGCUUGCCCGGAACGUGGGGUGCACUGAAGCAGAGCGCCCCGCGCUUCGGGAAGCUAUCCGCAGCCUAGGGAGCCCUGUGGGAGUUCCCGCAACUGGGGGGGUGGAAUAAUGUUUUUUCCUUUAUCCCCCCCCCCCAAAAAACCUAGGUGCAUCCUAUGGGCCGGUGCGUCCUAUAGGGCGAAAAAUACGGUAUUUAAAAGUUGGGACAGAGGGUGCCUGUUGAAAACCAGCUAGCAGAGUAUUCCACAAUACAGGGAUGGUGGCAGUAAGUCUUGGUUUCUUGUUAUUGUCAAAUGAGCCUCACCGACUCGAGGAAUGACCAGUGAUGCUCUUGCAGAUGAUCUCAGGGAUUGACUUGGGAUAAAAGGGUUCAGAGGGAUCUGCAAAGGCUUGAUUUCCACACCAUAUGGAACGAACCUCCUGAGGAGAUGAGUGCAGUGAUCAAUUGUGUAUAAAAGAGAUGAGAUUAUAAGAAAGCAGGCAAUUAAGAAUACAUCCUUCCACCAUGGUUAAUCAAUGUCUGCUUUCAACUUUUUGUGGUUUUUCUUGUACGGAUUUAUGUUUCGUUGCUGUAAACCGCUUUGAUAUAUUUUUAUGAGUCUAUAAAUAUUCAUAUAAAUUAACAGAGCGCAGUUCUGGUGCACCUCUCAGGUGGGUGCCAUUGCAGGCUGGCAACCCCCCCACCUUCUUGCUUUUAUGUACUUGCCUUUACGUAGAUUUUGAGAAGCCCAAAAUGAACAUUUCAAGUCAAAAUGGAAGCUGGCCACCGUGUGCAAGUCUACACUUUUUUUAAGUGCUCCUAGCUCCUUGCCACUCUUCGCAGUGAUUGGUCAAGCUACAGGCCAGUUCAUAUUUUGUUUUCAUCCAUCCGUUUCCUGUGUAGCAGCAACAGGCUUUCAACUUUCCAGCCAGGCCUCUCCCAUUGCACAUAUUUCAAAAAGUAGAUGCCAUCUUUCAAAAAGUAAAAACCAGGACACCACAAAAGUUGUUGAGCUUUUUAAAGGAAAACCCCCAAAUCAUCUGCCUGAAUCUAAGAGAAUGGGGGAUGAGGGGACACAUUUAUUUGAUCUGCUCCAGAACCAGGGAGCGAUUCUCAAACCAGCUAGGGAGACAGCUUGCCAUAGUUUGUUUUUCCCCCCAAAAAAUUUUUUUUAUUGAUUUUCACAAAAUUGUAAACAAACAAACAAACAAACAUAACUUUAUUAAAAUUACACUUAUUAACAUUGCUAAAUGACUUCCUCACUUCCCCUUGGUUGAAGUUCAAUGCAUAUCUUUUUAACGGCUCUCCUAAUCAAAGUUCUUAUAAACUUAACUUAAUCAUUUAACAUCCUUUUACAUCUUUUCAAUUCAAAAUUUAACAUGUUAAACAUCACUUAACUUAUAUAAAUUCCUAAGCCAAUCUGUUUCCUGCAAGCUAUUUCCCAUUAGUUUAACUCAACAAAUUUAACUAAAUAAUCAUUAGAUUUUGUCCAUUCUUCCUGAUACUCCUCCUCCUCCUGGUCGCGGACUCUUCCGGUUAGGUCGGCUAGCUCUGAAAAAUCCAUCAUCUUCACCUGCCAUUCUUCCACCGUUGGUAAUUCUUGGGUUUUCCACUUUUUGCUAGUAAAAUACGAGCAGCAGUUGUGGCAUACAAAAAUAAUUUCACAUCUUUCUUGGGCAAUUACAAACCUGUUAUUCCAAGAAGAAAGGCCUCUGGUUUCUUUAUAAAUGUAUGUUUCAACAUUUUUUUCUAUUCAUUAUAAAUCUUUUCCCAGAAGUCUUUCACCUUGGGGCAGGUCCACCACAUGUGGUAAAAAAGCUUGCCAUAGUUUUUAGCACCUCUGCGGGGAGUGAACUCAGCUGCUGUCAAAACAGCAUCUGUUCAUGGCUGCUCCGAGUUGCCCGGCAACUUACUGUAACAACUUAUUGAUGAGUUCUGGCACCUAUUUCCGGCGGGAGGGGAGGCGGGGGGGGGAGGUACUGUAAGUAAAUAAAUAAACAUAAUAAGAGCCUGUUAGAUCAGGCCAAUGGCCAGGGCUGGAUUUAGGUUUGAUGAGGCCCUAAGCUACUGAAGGUAAUGGGGCCCUUUAUAUGUCCAGCUGUCCUUUGUCAGCAACAAAUUGCCACUGUUUUUUGUGUUGAAUAUAUGCUAUAUAGUAAUUUAUGGACCUAAUAGGUAUCUAAAGCCAUUUGCACAUAACAAAUUACAGUUGUACCUCGGGUUACAUACGCUUCAGGUUACAGAUGCUUCAGGUUACAGACUCCACUAACCCAGAAAUAGUACCUCAGGUUAAGAACUUUGCUUCAGGAUGAGAACAGAAAUUGCACGACGACGGUGCAGCAGCAGUGGGAGGCCCCAUUAGCUAAAGUGGUGCUUCAGGUUAAGAACAGUUUCAGGUUAAGAACAGACCUCCGGAACGAAUUAAGUACAUAACCAGAGGUACCACUGUACGUAUUUUAUCAAAGUAAUUGUUACAACUAGUCCAUGCAGAAUGUAGGCACCCUAUAUAUAGAAAUGGGCAAACCAGUGAUAUUUUAGGGAGCAGGCUAGCAGGCAGGGCCCAUUACUUACAUCACAGGAGCCUACACAACACAAAACACUGUUGCUGUAUGUAGGUUUUAUUUCAUUUGUUUUUCAUCUGAUGUUUUGGAAAUGUACAUCCAGGGGUUUUUUUGACCUUUAAAUUUUUUUGGGGGGUCAAGAGAGUGGGGCCCUAAGCUACAGCUUGUUUAGCUUAUACACAGUGGCAUCUCAACAGUGCGCCCCGGGUGCCAUGUCAGGGGGGUGACAAGAAGGCCCCUCCCGGGGGCUCGCAGCAGCACGAGCAGCCAUCGCUCUGCCACAGCUGCAUGUGGAAUAGCCUCCAUUUGCGGCUGCAGCUGCGAGCAGAGGAUCCCAGUGCCGGUGGCAAACCUCUAUGUACAGCGUCGUAUGCAUGUGCUGUACGUAACGCUGCCGCACAUAUGCUGUACAUUGCGGUUUGCUGCCGGCGCUGCUUGAGCGCCGUACGGAUGACGGGGGGAUCCCUCCAUCGCCGCUACAGCCACAUGUAGAGGAUCCUCUGUUUACAGCUGCAGCCACGAGCAGAGGAUCCCGGCACCGUCUGUAUGGUGCUGGAGCGCUGGCAUCGGCAAACCACUAUGCACAGCACAUGUGUGGUGUCACUAUGUACGGCGCAUGAGUCGUAAGUAGCAACACCCACCCUGGGUGUCAUGACGCCUUUGUCCGCCCCUGCUUAUACGUAAAUCCGGCACUGCCAAUGGCUCAUCUGGUUCAGCUUCGUUCCUCCUGAUGAACACCCAGAUACCUAUGAGAAACCCACAAACAGGACCUGAGCUAAACUUUAAGGUAGCUUGGUCUUUAUGUAUUGCGCUUAUUCCUGGAGGACUGUGCUUUAGGGUUGCACUGUUUAAAGUGCUUAGCUUGGGCUGCACUGGGCCCUAAGUGUUUAUUGGUUGGCUCGACAAGUAUUGCAGCCAGGUCACUAAUCUCCUGUUAAACAACGCAUUAAGUUCAAUUGCUGUAAGUGGCUGUAUUUAUUUCGAGUGGAGUAGUGCGAGUGCUUUUCCAAAUUCUGGGUGGGCGGAAAGAGCACUUACUCCAGCAAUCUCUCUUUGAAACUGUCUAAAAGAUGUGUUCUUCACGGUGGUUUUAUUGAUCGGCGUUGCGUCAGAAGCUGGCCUUUAAAUUUACAACGCUCUAAAAUGCCUGUAAUGAACAGCUUGAACCACUUUCAUUGCCACCCCCUCUAGUUAGGCUAAUAUAUCUGUACUUGGUCGAGAACUGAGCUUAGGAAGAUGCUAAGAUACUUUGCACGUUACUGAAGAUGUUGACUAGAAGGUAGGAGAGAUGUUGUGUUUCUUUCUUGGGGUGGGGUAAGUCUAUGCUAGUGGUAGCCAACUUGAUACUCUCCAGAUUUUGGUGGACAAGCUCCCAUCAGCCCCAGCCAGUGUGACCAAUGAUGAUGAAAGUUGUAGUCCAAUAACAUCUGGAGGGUACCAGCUUCUGAAGGGAUUGUCUGGUCCUCCAAAUAUUUUUAGAUUGCAACUCCCAUCAUCCCUGACCAUUGACCUUCUUGUCUGGGGAUGUUGUUAGAGUCCAGUAGAAGAAGAAGAAGAGUUUGGAUUUGAUAUCCCGCUUUAUCACUACCCAAAGAAGUCUCAAAACAGCUAACAUUCUCCUUUCCCUUCUUCCCCCACAACAAACACUCUAUGAGGUGAGUGGGGCUGAGAGACUUCAAAGAAGUGUGACUAGCCCAAGGUCACUCUGCAGCUGCAUGUGGAGGAGCGGAGACGUGAACCCAGUUCACCAGAUUACGAGUCUACAGCUCUUAACCACUACACCACACUGGCUCUCAGUAACAUCUAGUUCCCCACUGUGAUUAUAGACUUAAAAUCUAUCAUUGUUGCUUGAGCAUAAUAAAUAAUAAUAAUAACUUUUUAUUUAUACCCCGCCCUUCCCUGUUCAGAAAACCGGGCUCAGGGCAGCUAACAACAAAUUUAAAACACUUAAUUGAUGGAACAAAAAAACAGCAUGUGCUUAAGACGUGAAAUCUCCCCAAGGGGGCAACUGUUGAAUUGAAUUUGUGAAGCAAUCUUAGUGGCCAAAUCCUAUCUAUUGCACCACUGGGAGAUAAAUUUUAAACAGUUACAUAAUCUGACCACGUUCAGCCGGUUCAUUGGUAACCUCAAGACUUGACUGCUGCAAUGCACUCUGUGUGGGGCUGCCCUUGGAGGUGGUUCGGAAGCUGCGGUUACUGCAAAAUCCUGCCGUGAGGUUGCUGCCUUGAGCUAACUGUUGUCAACAUAGUACACCUUUGUUGAAGCAGCUGCACUGGCUGCUUACUUGCUUACAAAGUCCUAAACAACUCUCCCCUUCAACCUCUUUGCCAAGCUAUUGCCUUCUAUGGUAGAGAACCUUUUGGAGGCACAACGAGAUCCUAACAUUUGCCUUCUGGCCCCAAGUAAUGGGGCUGUCAGUGUAGGGGGCUCUUUUAACAUGAAAUUCAUUUAACUCUUUGCUCCAAAGGUCUGUAAUUUCAGGUGCAUGUUUAAGACCUUGGUGUUUAUCCACACCUGUUCUGAACGAAAUCCCAGAAUUAAUGGAUUGAUUAAUAAUUAAAUAAAGACACGAUUAAACCAUUAAUCAUUAAUUAAUUCUUGCCUGCUGAUCAUCUUCCGAUGUCCUAUUGUUAUUCUAACCGUAUUAUUUUGGGUGUAUGUUUUACACUUACUUUUGGUUCUCUGUACGCUCCUCUGAUAUUUUAUAACUUUGAUGGUUAUCCACCCUGAGCCCAGUCUUGGCUGGGGAGGGCGGGGUAUUAUUAUUAUUAUUAUUAUUAUUAUUAUUAUUAUUAUUAUUAUUAUUACUUGAGCAAUAUAUAUAUAAAGAGAGAGAUGGAGAAGAGAGAAGUGGGAAAUAACUUGUAAUUUAAUCAACCAAAACUCCCACUGAUUGCUGGAGAGAAAAGCUGGAUUGUUAAUUUUGGCUGUGGUUUAGUUAAAGGAUUUUGCGGUUUUAGAAUAUAUAUGUUUGUUUUAAAAUAACUAUGGCUAUAUAUUUGCAAUAAAAGGAGUAACUUUUAUGGGGCGUAGGGAGGAGGUCGAUCAGGCUAGGUGAGGGAGGGUGAAUCUCAAGAGAAAAGCCAAUAAAAUAAAAAGAGAUGUCACCAAGCUGGCGGGGGGAGAGUGAUUUAUUGAGAAAUUCACAGCAGCUAAUUUCAGCGCCCCCCUCCCACCAUCCCCAGCAAAUCCUUUCCCCCUCCCCUCUUCCGGCAUUCCAAUUCCGAAAUGCCAGCCUCAAUAAUUAACACUGACAAACCAUCAAUAUUUCACACUCUCAGCAGUAGAGCCUUCCAGUGACCUGAGCCAAUUUGAGCUGCCUUUUAAUUUGCUCUCCCAUUUGUGGGUUUCUUUGAAAACACUCCUUUGCUCUGGAGCAGGAAGUCGUUAUAAGCGCAGAGGUGCCUUGCCAGGCGCUAACACAAUUUGCGUGCCAUUGUGGGGUGGGGGCGGGAGGCAGAAACAAUAAUGCAACCCGCUAUUCACACUUUACUCAGUUUGGGAAUGAUAGUUCAACGACUGGGAACUGCAUUAUAAUGUUGCAGCACAGAGUUGGCCUGUUUAGGGUUUCAACUGGCCACCCGUCCCCUUUCCCAGGAUACUUGUUGUUGCCAUCUGUCUGUCUCAAUAGACAAUGGAGUGCGCUUCUGGGGGUGAAGUCAAACUGCUGUUUUAGCAGCACCAAAGUGACCGCUCUGGGGCACAAACCUGGGCAGUGUAUAUGGAGGUCCUGGGCUGCCCAGAUGACAUGACCCUCUUCUCGGCCUCACUGAUGUGGUCCAAAGGAGAGUAGAGCAAUAUGAUUGGCACCAGCUUAGCAGCAGGAGUUGCCAGAAGGAGGCAUAUAAGGCACCAUCCAACCAUCUUAGGAACUCCAUUCUGGGUUUGCCCCUUAACCUUUUCUUCUCCCGAAGAUAUCCCACAUGGAAGCAGAGGUUUAGGCUCAGAGUUUUUCUUCCCAGGUUCCUUCCCAUCUGCCCCUCACUUCCCUCUACAGCACAUACAGAAACCACCUUCUUGACCCUUGGACCCACUAUUGCUCCUGCCUGCUCAAUCCACCAGAGCCUGUCUUCUCAUGCAGGGGAAGUCCCUAAGUCACUGAGAGUUUGAGACCCAUCAGCCACCCUCAUUUAGCCAGCCAGUCGAAGCCAUUUCCUGGGGUGUGACAGUUGUCACAUGUUGGCAGCUUCCAGGAGCCACAGGUGACAGCUAAGUGCAGGAUGAGGACCAAAGGUGGACAAAGUGUUCCUGAAGCACCAUGACAUGUUCCCCCACCAGAGGUACUACCCCUCCCCUAAUACCCCACACACCCCACACAAAUAAUAAUACCUGAAGGAGUGUCUCCACCCCCAUCGUUCUGCCCGGACACUGAGGUCCAAUGCUGAGAGCCUUCUGGCGGUUCCCUCGCUGCAAGAAGCCAAGUUACAGGGAACCAGGCAGAGGGCCAUCUCGGUAGUGGCGCUGCCCUGUGGAACACCCUCCCACCAGAUGUCAAAGAGAAAGCCCUUGGAGCUGAACCUCAGUGUCCGGGCUGAAUGAUGGGGGUGGAGACACUCCUUCAGGUAUCCUGGGCCGAAUUGUGCCUGAAAACGUAUUGGGAGCCAACGGAGGUCUUUCAGGACCAGUGUAAUGUCGUCUCAGUGGCCACUCCCAGUCACCAGUCUGGCUGCCGCAUUCUGGAUUAGUUGUAGUUUCCGGGUCACCUUCAAAGGUAGCCCCACAUAGAGCGCAUUGCAGUAGUUCAAGUGGGAGAUAACCAGAGCAUGCACCACUCUGGCAAGACAGUCCACGGGCAGGUAGGGUCUCAGCCUGCAUACCAGAUGGAGCUGGGGAUGUGCUUGUGGUGGGCCAGAGGAAGAAGGACUUCAAGAGCUGCUCUCAGACUCCAAGGCCUCUCAGACCUUCCUGCAGCUGGACUGGAACCCCAAAUCUUGAGCCACUGCAUCACUGUGAUAACUGUGGAAAGGAACUCAUUCCUUUCUGGAUUGUUUUACUGGUGCCUGACCAAAAGAAGUAUGUUGUAGUCCUGGAUGGUUGUUCCAUCCUGGAAGUCCACAUUGCCAGCAUUUCCAUUUUAAGUGUUUAUUUAUUUUAUUGCAUUUAUAUCCCAAGGAACUCAAGUUGGCGCACGUGGUUCUGCCGUAUCUCAUUUAAUCUCCCGCAACAACCCUGCGAAGUAAGUUAGGCUGAGAGGCAGUGAUGGGCCCAAGGUCAUCCACUGAGCUUCAUGACUGAGUGGAGGAUUCAAACCCUAGUCUCCCAGGUCACAGCCCAAGACUCUAACCACUACACCACACUGACUUUCUUGAUAGGAGUUUGCAAGGAACCCAGGGAACAAACUAGCUAAAGCAAAGGAUGGUUACGUCCAUUUAAUUUCAGUGAAGGUGAAUGAAGCCUGUCCUUUAGUCUCCCAUUGAAAUCACCAAGGCAUGCAUGUGCUUAAAUUUGGCAGGAUUCUGCCCUCAGGCUUUGCUGGUGAGCACCUUUGUAUUUGGUCUUUUCCUCACACACCCUCACCCUUUGGUUUACUGUUUGCCAUCUUCACCCUCCUUCUGUUUUGUUUCAACCACACCAUUGUUUUAUGCAUGAGUUUUGGAUUUUCUUUCUUUCAGUUGAUUUCAUUGGUGGAUUUGACCCAUUCCCUCUCUACCAUGUCAAUGAAAAGCCUUCCAACCUUUUGUUCAAGCAGACAUACCUGUAAGUAUGGGCCCCUCCAGACGUCUUUCCGAUUGUGCAUUCGGGAUGAUUUGUGCUCAGGAUGGUAACCGGGGCGGAUAUAUGUGGACUCUCUGCUUUGUGUCUGCAAAGGUUUCAGGGUGGACAUACUGCUCCGUUUCAAAUCGGUGCAUGGUCCAUGGGUUCCCUGCUGGAAUCCUGCAAGAAAUAUUCCCAGGUCUGUUUUCAUCCUGCUUAGGUUAUGAGAUAAUGCAAGACUGGCCCUCCAAACAUCAGUAACGCUGCAACAUUGGGGAAACAUUGGAGAACAACUUAAAAAGUGGAAUGAUGUUUGUACACUCCAAUAUAAAUCCACCACGAGUGCCCCAUUAUAAUUGGAGACUGAUGUUCCAGUCAUAGCAGGAAGCCAAGGUAAAAGGUAAAGGACCCCUGGGCGGUUAAGUCCAGUCAAAGGCUACUAUGGGGUUGCAGUGCUCAUCUCACUUUCAGGCCAAGGGAGCCGGCGUUUGUCCACAGUUAGUUUUCCAGGUCAUGUGCCCAGCAUGACUAAACCGCAACCGGUGCACGAAGGACUGUGACAAGUGCCAGAGUGCACGGAAACACUGUUUACCGUCCCACUGCAGCAGUACCUAUUUAUCUACUUGCACUGGUGUGCUUUUGAACUGCUAGGUUGGCAGGAGCUGGGACAGAGUAACCUGCACUCACUCCAUCGCGGGGAUUCAAACCGCUGACCUUCUGAUCAGCAAGCCCAAGAGGCUCAGUGGUUCAGACCACAGCACCACCCGCGUCCCUACAGGGAGGCCAACAGUAGAUGGAGCCAGAGCUAAUUCUGCUUUUGUGUCCCUCCUCUUCCCUGUUGAGUUCUACAACGGCAGUGCUAAGACUUAAGGGCUCAUCCGGACUGCCUCUUGUUGCAAAAACUCCCAAGGCAUGGAUAGUCUAAGGCUCUCUCCCUCCAAUCCUGGGAGAAGCAUAUAGCCAUCAUGACCACAAGAACCUAAGAAGAGCCCAAUGGCACGUCUAGGCCAGCACCCUGUUCUCGCAGUGGCCAUCCCCUUUCAAGGAUAUCAACGUUGGCGGCUGUCACUACGUCUUGUGGCAGAGAAUUCUGUAAGCGAACUGUGCUCAGCGUGAAGAAGUCCUUGCUUUUGUUGCUCCGAAAUCUCGUUUUGUGACUGGCGCCAACAGUUUGCAAAAAUGGCCUGAGGUCAGCUCUUAAAACGCCAGCACCUUUGGGUUUUGUUUUUGGUCCGGAACUGCAUUUCCCCCCAUUCUGUCACCGUGUUUAGAUUGAUGAGGCAAGAGAUUAAAUAUUGAUUUCCAGCACUGUAGGUUUUGCAAGGAGGGAAUAUGCAAUGCCUCUGGAGGAUCUGAGGCAGCUCCUUGAUUUACUAAUCCAGAGGAAGGAAGCGUAAAGCUGAAGUAGAACAAAAUGUACUGGGGGGGGGUUCUCUUUUGUGUGUGUGUGUGUGGCUGGGUUGGAGGACCCCCAAAAAGGUGUAGUGUAGAUUCAAAGGACAAUCCUAUGAAGGUCUACAUGGAGUAGGAGUGUCCGGGGUCCAUGUGUCAGUGGCAAGCUGGACCAGAGACACACAGGGAGGGAGGCUGGGGAGGAGCGUUGUGGCCUGGGGAGAUUCCUGAGAGGUAGAACAACAGGCAUUUUUCUAGUAGUAUUAGUAAUAGGAAGCACGUACCUAGCCUGAGAUAUGUGCUUCAGGACCCCACCUUAUUCUGAUUUUAAUUCGGAAUUUUAAAAUGCUGUAACCUUUCCUGGGACAUACCAGUGAAAACCAGAGGUAUCCUUUCUUUUGAAGGUAAGGUAAAGGUAAAGGGACCCCUGACCAUUAGGUCCAGUCGUGAGCGACUCUGGGGUUGUGGCGCUCAUCUUGCUUUAUUGGCCAAGGGAGCCAGCGUACAGCUUCCGGGUCAUGUGGCCAGCAUGACUAAGCCGCUUCUGGCGAACCAGAGCAGCACAUGGAAACGCUGUUUACCUUCCUGCCGGAGCAGUACCUAUUUAUCUACUUGCACUUUGACGUGCUUUCGAACUGCUAGGUGGGCAGGAGCAGGGACCGAGCAACGGGAGCUGACCCCGUCUCGGGGAUUCGAACCGCCAACCUUCUGAUCGGCAAGUCCUAGGCUCUGUGGUUUAACCCACAGCACCACCCGUGUCCCAAAACAAUAAUACCACCUGCCUAAUUAGUGGUACAUGCAGGCAUGCAGCCGAAUAAAUAUUAUACCUCCUGUGUGUGUUGUAAGAGUCCCACAAUCGCACAGAAACGUGUUCAGAAUUCAGCACCUCAAUAACCUCGGCUUGCACUUGUUUCUCGGUUGUUUGUUGCUGAAAAAGUUACCAGUCCUCAGGACUGCAAUUGUAAUGUAGAGGGGCCAUGCUGGGUGCACUCUCUGAAAAUGGUAUGGAGGCUGAGCAGGAUUCCCAAGGGACGAGAGUAAGGAGUUUCAUUGGCCUGCAUAGCUCCUUGACUGCCAUCUUUGCCCCUCCCAUGCUCAUUCAACACACACAUGCUGAAUUUACAUAUUGCAUAUUACACAUAUAUAUGUUUUUGUUUAAAAUAUAUUUUACAUAAAAAUAUUCUUUUUUUAAAAAAUCAAAGGCAGAAUUUGGGGUGUUUGAGGGGUGCGGCAGAGAGAGAAAGGCUCUUUCUAUAAUAUACCAUCCCCUGUUAAUGCCUUACUUUACUCAAUUUAGAUACUCUUAGUGGGAGGAGGGUAUUCGAGGGAAGGCAUCCUGACAACUGCCUUUGAGUAUGUGCCAUAUUCUGAGCUCUCAUCCGAUGUCUUUCUGUCUUCCUUCCUUCCUUCCUUCCUUCCUUCCUUCCUUCCUUCCUUCCUUCCUUCCUUCCCUCUCACUUUCUGCAGGCCUGCGUAAGUGACAAGGAUCCAGACUCUGGACAGACUGAAACCACCCAUCCAGAUUCCCCAAAUACCAGAUGUCCCAGAUGCAAAGAGAUGGGAAACUACAUUCCACUUGAAAGAACACAAAACCACCAACACACAUGCAGAUACGCACAUACACAACAAGAUGACUGAACUCCGACAAGUGGGCAUUCAGGCCCAAAUAUCGUUUUGCUGGCCAGCCACUCAUGCCAAUGUCUCUUCAAUGUGCUAGCUCAUUAGUGGACUUGCAGGUUUUGCUGUGAAUGAAUGAAUGAAUGAAUGAAUGAAUGAAUGAAUUGGGGAGGAAAUACUGUUUCCCUUCCCCACACCACUCCAUUGAGAAUCAGAAGAAGGUAUUUGGAGAAUCUCCACUUGACUCUGUAGCACUCACCUUUCGUAGGAGCCCCCUUGAGUGCUGUUCACUUCCAAGGUAUCAUUGCUUCCACUUCAUUGUGACAAAUGGACUGAUCCAGUGGAGAUUCAGAUAGGUAGGGUGGAAGUUAGGGAGGCCAACAGUAGGUGGUGCUAGAGAGCAUAGCUGAGCCAAUGACCGGCAGGGCCAACUAAUUAUGCAUUUGUCCCCACCCUCUUUCGCUACAGUUCUUCCCACUCCCCCAAACUCCAAACCCACUUCAAACUGUUUCACCUUACCGUUUCCCAUAAUGGACAACGUGUUGGUUGAAGUUCCUUGGUGGUGGUUGUUUUUUUUAGAUGUCAUAGGAAAACUAUUUAGAACCCAAUUCUAUGUUAUUCUGUCUCUCUGUACCCUCAUCCAUUAAGGUCUGCAGAGAUGUGGAGAACUAUGAUGUCCGUCAGCCCAAGCAGGCAUGACCAAUGGCUAGGGAUGAUAGGAGCUGUAGUUAAGCUAUAUCUGGAGGACCAAAGGUUCCAUCCAUAUGGUCUAUUGCUUGGGUGGCUACCUGGCAAGCCCCUUUGCUGGAUCCAUCCUCCAAGGCUAUUUUUAGCUGGCUUUCAGUGGGCCUACCUCGUUCUAACUGCAAUGCUGUACAAAGCUACCCCAUGCUUUCAAAAAGGCGGAGGAACAUCAAGUUUCUGCACUUGUAACAAGACAUCCCACACUUAGUAGAUCUCCACAAACAUAUAGAUCGUCCAUGGAUAUCAUGGGCCAUGGCAGAUUUCUCAAGCCUUUCGUGCUAGAAGGAUCCUGAGAUUGAUCUUUGUCCGAAUGUUUUCUUCAUUCUUGUGGUCUUAUAAAGGGAUUAGAUAAAUUCAUGGGUGGCUAUGUCCUUGAUAGCAGCUGUCAGUCAUGUCGGCAUUCCUCCACGCUCAGAGACAGCUUGCCGGUGAGUUCCAGUUGCUGGGGGGCAGCAGAGAAGACUAUUUCCUUCAUGCUGUGCUUGGGGGCUUUUCAAAGGCCUCUGAUCAGCCAGUAUGAGCAAAAGGAUGCUUGACUAGAAGGACUUUUGGACUGACUUAAGCAGAGCUCGGACGCGGGUGGCGCUGUGGGUUAAACCACAGAGCCUAGGACUUGCCGAUCAGAAGGUCAGAGGUUCGAAUCCCCGCGACGGGGUGAGCUCCCGUUGCUUGGUCCUUUCUCCUGCCAACCUAGCAGUUCGAAAGCACAUCAAAGUGCAAGUAGAUAAAUAGGUACCGCUCCAGGGGAAAGGUAAACGGCGUUUCCGUGCACUGCUCUGGUUCGCCAGAAGCGGCUUAGUCAUACUGGCCAGCUGUACACUGGCUCCCUCAGCCAGUAAAGUGAGAUGAGCACCGCAAACCCAGAGUCAGCCAUGACUGGACCUAAUGGUCGGGGUCCCUUUACCUUUACGCAGAGCUCAUCUUAUCCCAUUGUCCACAGAAAAAGUCACGUGCCACAUAUAUUGAGGCUGAGAGUUUUCUCCUGUUCUUUCGCUUCCUUAUAGCAGCCUCCUCCCCAAACCGAUGGCUCCAUCUCCCAACCUGCACUGCUUCCCCUUCUCUACAAUUCACACCUACUCCAUUCCAUGUCUACCUGCUGCCUUCCAUCCUCAUCCCAGAACACAAUCCCACGCUGAAGUUGCCAUCAGGUCUCCUUCAGCCGUCAAUACCACUUUUCAGCUUCCCUCUCUCCCUCCCCCUCCCCACAAUUAUUACUUUUUGGAUCCCAUGGAUGCUGAGCAGAACAUUUUCUGGUUAACACACGCAUGCACAUUCUCCUAUAUCCGCUCUCUCUCGAUUUGAGAUCAUGCCCACCAAGAAUGCCCUUUGUGCUAAACGGGGACGGGGAGUCGAUUUUAUUACACAACUUGACCACUUGCGAAGCUCUGGACUGUUGUCUGCAAAACCAAGUGGCCUUUUGAGAAUACUGAUGCAUAGCAAGGCGGCAAGUGUUUCCAGCAAAAGGGCGCUUCUCUGCAGAAUUGCUCUGUCUGCUGUGAUGCCAAGACCCUGCAUCUGUCAUAGGCAACCCACAUGUGCCUUUAAAAAUAAAAAAAUCAUCUGCAACAGUCAUAUCGCAAGGACUUUCCAGAUGCUAAAAAGGAGAAAGAAAGACGCUUGUUCUUAACAUUCUUCUCUGGGGUUGAGAAGCCAGGCGACUGAUGCUCAAAUAUGACAUUGUGUGAAUCGGAUUGUGGGCUACUUAAGAGCCAAGUCAAGUUUCAGGACUCCCUUCUUCCCAGCCUUGCAAGAUAGCUAUGCCCUGCCUCUGCCACAGCUGAAGGCAGGGAUGCUUCUGAAUACCAGUUGCUGGAAACCACAAGAGGGUACAGUUACUCAUGUCCUCAUGUCCUGCUCCCUGGUUUCCCACAGGGAUUAUGGCUGGACACUGUGAGAACUGGAUGCUGGACUGGAUGGGCCAUUGGCCUGAUCCAGCAGGCUCUUCUUAUGUUCUUAAGAGCGAAGAUCCACACGUGUGUCCACAGCCCACAUUCACAGGCAGACAGCUUCUCCCCUCUCCAUUAAGCCAUAUAACCUAUAGGGUUAUGCUAGUGACCAUCAGCCAUGACUUGCAUGCCUGCACCUCUGAAAAGGACCACAACGGUCCAAGGAGAAAGCACGAAGGAAACACACAAGCAAAUCAUCAUAGUGGCACAGGACGCAAGGAUGCCAAGGAUCGGGACCACCAUUCAGCCCAUUGCGUUGGUUUGGUUGAGCAGACAUUUCCAUGUGAUCUGACCUGGUGAUCUGUGAAGGGCUUCAUGGUGGAGUCCUCUAGAAGACAGUAGGUGGUUUUGGUUCGUUUGUUUUUAAUUAGCAUGAUUCUCUCUGUUCUUUGUUACUGUUCUAAUAAAUUAAUGCUUUAAAUACACAAA